AGUCAGUCCGUCUUGUACGUCGUUUCGUUAAGUUGUUUGUGUUAUUUUCCGUUUUUUUUUCUCGGUUUUUUUUAUCGCGUGUAGUCUCGUAUUUUUAUUUUCUAAUUAUUUUUUUAAAUUUUUGUUUUAAAUCUUAAUAUUAUUUUGUAAAGUAUAUAUGUAUGUAUAUACUCAACGGUUAAUACACGUGUGAUAAUAUUUUUGAUGACUUUGCGCGCAGUCUAUUUAAAUAAUAUGAAAUAUAAUUAUAAAAUGGGUUAAAUAAUAUUUGAUUACGAGUAUCGGCGAUGUGUGUGUUUUAUAAUUAUUAUUAUCAUUGAUAUAUUUUAAAAGAUCAUGUGAACGCGAAAAUAACGAUAUUAUGGCGAUAUGUACCUAGGUUAUUUUCUUGUUAUAUAUAUAGUGUGUGUUGCGGGCCGCGAGCCUUUUUCGAGCGUUUAUUAAACGUGCGUGUGAAAAUAAUGGAUACGAGUAACGCGGUCUGCCCAUAAGAUGCUGUGCAAUCGCGGCCUUUGGUGCGCGUUCUUCGUCAUUCUGACCGUGUCCGCCGUUUCAGCCGCUCAACUGAUCAAAGGUAAGUGUACCGUUUAUUCGGUUGUAUACCUAUCCGGCUAAUAUUAGUGAUAUAUUUUUAGCGAUGAUGUAAACGGGAGGUAGGGAGGUUACACCAAGGUGUUUCAGGGCUUUUGAUGGUCUCUACAAAAUGUAUCUUCUCGUUCUUUCAUGUAUAAUCAAUCCUACGAUUGGUUUACGAUCGGUCGGUCCACUCUUCAUCCCUGUUAUUUGAUGUGCCUCGAUGUAACUUGAUGCUAUUGUAAUAUAUACGAAUUACAUGCCCUCGGUCCGUCACUAUAUUUGUCGUGUAAUAAAUAUAUUCCAAUGGCGGUCUUUUCCUAUUAUAACUUUUAUCACCCACACGCCUUUCUGUAAAACAAAUCCAAAGAACCCACCACCGUAUCUCAUUAUAGGUCCAGGGAAUCAAUUUCUUCUUUUCUCGAUAAUAUUUUGCUCCUGAUGUUUAUUCCAAUUCACUUCCUCUUUAGUCACCUUGUAUGUGUCCGCAAUUUUCUUGACCAUUCUUCUGUAGCACCCCAUCUUAAAAAGUGUACUGAAUCUCAUUUGCUGACUUAAUAUAGUCACGGUGUGAUUCGAUAUUAUAUGAUCUGUGGAAGAAAAUUAAUAUAAACGGUCCGGACACGACCAGAUACCCAAAUACCAUGGGAACCAUGUUCAAAGCAUAUUUAGAGAACUAAUUAAACAUAUGUAUUGAGACGUUUUAAAUGUUUUUAAAUUUUAAUUAAAAAAAAAAGAAUAAACAUAUUUAUUUUAAAAAGUCUAACAAAUUUUAAUUUAUUUUGACUUUUUUUUUGCCAUUAUAUUAUUAUUAUUUCAGUGAUUUUAUUUCCGGGUGUUUUUUUUUUAUCCCCUGCGAAUAUCCUCGAGUUAAUAAUAUGCAGGCGUUUGUCUAGGACGAUUCAAAUCUGUAUAAUAAUCAGAGUCAAAAUAAUAUAAUAAUUAACGCUGCGUAAUAGACAUAAGUUUUAUUUUGAUGUACCUAAACACGCGAUAAUAGUUUUUAAAGUCAUAACGACGAUGAUAGGUAUUAAUUUUCGAAAAAAAUAAAAUGACUCUGCAGCUGUUAAAAAUGCAAAUUAUGUUUUUACAAGAGCCCAGAGGGGGGCAAGACGCUUCGUGGUCUCGUGCCCCACGGGCCCCGCGUGUAUUAUUAUUACUAUAGUUCCAUUGAAAAUUCGUUUAUAUAGACGUGUCAAUUAAUGUUAAUUUGUAUUACAAUCAAAUACUUACUAUAAUAUAUGCGGGUACCUUUAUUAUUAUGCUACGAGUAUAGUAUUACAAAACUAAUAUUAGAUAUAAUUUUUUAACUUUUUGUUCCGGUGUUUAUUAUCAUCCCUAAUCGUAUAUAUAAAAAAAAAAAUAAUAAUACUUUUAGACGGAUAUUGUUCUCGUAAUAUUAUUAUAAUGUAUGCCUAAUAAAAAUAUAGUUGGGUACAUAAUAUUAUACUUAAUUGUAUUAAACUAUAAUAUAAGGUUACAUUUGAAGUACACGUUUCGUAUAUUAAUUAAAAAAAAAAAAAAAAUAAUGUACUUAACUAUUAUUGUAUAAAUAACACUGCAAACGCGUAUAUUAUAAUUAUUAGUUAUCAAUAAAAUAAUAGGUCAGUGUGGAAUUUGUAUGUUUGGGUAGAUAUAUUAAAAAAAAAUUAAUGUAGGUAAUUAUAAUUAAUAAUAUUUUAAUAGUGUGUAAGAUUCUCAUAUCUUUCCGAUGUAAAAUAUAUUGUUACGCUUUACAGAUACAAUAAUAAUAUAUUAACAUAAGUAAGUACGCAAAUGCGUAAAUAAAUAUGUUUAUUUUAGAUUCUGAGUGAAGUGCGGAAUGUAUUGGUUUUUUUAUGAUGUUUAUUUUCUAUUUUUACCUUUAAGCAAUUUUUCUACCAGAAAUCUUGCCCCGAUUUUCAAGCGUAGUAUUUAUUUUGAAAGAAAAUUUUAUCCGGGUAGUACUUUAGGAAGGUUAUUUUGUUAUGUCUAUAAAUAGGUUUUCUACCUGAAAUUUUGCUCCUAUUAAGAACUUUAUUGAAGCUUUGUACUUUAACGAUGAGAAGGUAAUUUGUUGUGGUUUUCUUAAUAAAUGGGUAAAGCUAGUCAAUUUUUCAUAGAAUUGUUGAUUUCUGGGAACAAUCGAAAAAAUACGAAUAAUAAUUCUUUACUCAAUAUCGAUUUUUUAGCAAUAGUUUAUAAAAAUAAAUUACUCUACUAUUCCAAGUGUUCUAUUCUAUUCUUUUAUAGGAAAACAUUUUCGGGCGAGUUAAAAUGGUUGGAUUUGUUUGUAUACUGUACUUUUAAAGAAGUGAAUUUUUUAUCAAGUGGUUCUUUAUUUGAAAAAAAAAAUGUUUAGACACACCGAAACACUUUUUCUAUAUACAAUUUAAAAAACCUGAUUGCAAAUAAUGUUAUAACGCUUUAAUUUUUGACGAUUUCUAUUGUUAUCUAGGGUCUACGGAGGGAAAACCACGAUUAUAAUACUACUGAUACCUACUAAUCUGCUCAGAAUCGAAUUUUUAAUUGGAAUGAUUUUUCUUCGCAUUCAAUAUAUGCAAAUUAGAUUAUCUUUACCGUAUAUCCUAUACCUUUCAAACUUUUCACCUACUAUAUACAGUGGCCUACCUGUGGUGGGAAGUACGUCUGGUUUUGUUGAAAAUAUUAAACGAAAAUAAGGUUUUUAAUAGUCCUAAUAGAUUUUUAAUAUUAUUAUAUUAUUUACCUGUUUAAAUAUGAGAAUAAAUUACAAUAUCUUACUCGUAGUUUCGUAGAUAUCUUAUCUAGAAUAUAUUUUUUAUUUACUGUUUGUAAUCAAUAUUGUUAUGUAAAACCUAUUAUGUAAAAAAUUAUAAACCUUAUACAUGUGUUUUAAAAAUAAUAGUAGGAUAGAACUUAUUUUAUCUACUAUACGCCUAUACGUAAUAUUAUAAUUUUACAAAAAGUUAUCGUGUACCUGUAUUAUAUUACUUACAGCAGUUAAUUGAGAUAGGUAUCUAAAUAGUUUCCUAUACUUAAUUAUAAGUACUCUAUUUACUUUGUGAAUAUGGUGUGAACAAUUCAAUACCUAUAUCGGUUAUAACUAUAACUACUAUACACAUAGUGUGUGUAUUACAAUGUCCAGUUAUGUAUACCUAUAAAUAAUUAAAUUAAGUAAAAUAAAUUGAUCAAAUUACCAGCAAAAACCGAGUAUAGCCGGUACUUUUUAUGAUGAUAAUAUUAUUUUUGAUUUAAAAUUCUGAUCGUUUUAUUUUGUGUCGAACACUCGUAUACCACUACACGUGGACAGUGAUAUCACACUCCUCGAAUGUGGGUAUCUGGUAUUAAGCAUAAUAUAGUGGAACAUAAAUAUCGUUCAUUUGAUAACAGCUGUUAUUAAACUAAUGUACAGAUCAGUGAUCACAUACAAAUUACCAAAUUACUUAACAAAUCUAGGUGAUCCACACCGUCAACAUUGACGGUGUUAUUUUUUUUUACACUCGUGUAGAUAAUAUUGCACUACACCGUCUUAUGGAAUUGGCGUUAUCUACUCGUACUACAAUACUGGUGAUGGCAGAUAAUAGUAAACAAAAAGGUAUACACGAUUGCAAUUAAAUGCGAUUGCAAGUGGAUAACGCUAUAAGACGUAUUAUUUUUCUCGGAAACACUUUCGGGUUAGGUAGAAAAAUGCUCCAAAUCAUUCGCGUCGUACCUCGACAAAAUGUGGACUUCCCUCUCUGCGGUUCUUUAUUAGAUAACGAUUUAUAGAGCCCAGAAAAUUUUUCCAAAUAGAAAUUUGAAAAACUGACAACAAAUUGACGACGAUAAAUCGGUUUUAGUUAUUUACUUACGAUCGGUUGUUAUAAACAUAAAUACUACGUUAUUAUAAAUUACACGUGUGUAUACAUUAUACAUUCAAUUAUCACUGAUCCGACGAUGGAAUGUCGGAUUCGGAUACCUAUACCUACAUCUAUAUAAGACUGGUUCAUUUUGUACCCACGAUUUUUAGAUUAGUUCGUCACGAAAAUAAGGACUGUUUAGAAAAAAAAUAAAUGUAUAGCUGUCAGCUAUAUAAUAAUAAUAUAAUAUAACAAUAAUAAUAAUAAUAAUAUGUUAUAUGUUUACAUUAUUCUGUGUACAUUCACUGCGUAGCGGCAUAACGGUUCAUCAGAUUUUCCAUAGAACGCAUAUAGAGCGGUUUCUAUACAAGAAUAGAUUUGCUACAGUGCAGCAGCAACAGUGUAAUAAUAAUAAAAUAAGGUCUUCGUGUACUAGAAACCAACCGAACAACCGAUAGUCGGUCGCAUAUUGUAUAUAUAUAUAUAUAUGUAUGUAUGUAUGUAUGUGUGUGUAUAUAGAUAGAUAGAUAGGUAGACAUCACGUCAAAAAGAAAAAAAAAAGAAUCCAAUUUUUGCGAAGAAAAAGACCCGUCAAGUGUCAGUAGCGUGUAUAUGGCAAUAAAAUAACGUUAUAGAUGUUUUAGAACGAGAAUGGAAUAGGUACCUAAUGAAAAAAAAAAAAAAAAAUAAAAAAACCCAUUUCGAUGAAAGUCGGAUACAACUCGAUGCAGUACAGUACAGACUGCCACACAGCCUCGAUUGACAAUAACGAUAAUAUAGUCAUAUUGUAUAUUAUUGUACGCGUAUAAUGGGAAAACGGCCGGGUUUUAUGGAAGACGUGGAAAUGUAUUAUUAUUAUCACGGUACGCACGCACGCACGCACGCGCGCACUGUACAUAAUCUUAUUAUUAUUGUUUUAAUGUGUACCCGUAUGGCCUAUAAGUUACCUUGACAAAAACUGAUUGUUUUGUCACUAGAACAAUGCGUUAAUUCCGUUUAAUAUACGGGCCGUACCGUAAAUAUUUACUUAAUAUUGCCGAUACGCAGCCGGUUAUUAUUGCAUCGGUACCGUCCGAUUUUGUUAUCGAAAUUUUUUUAGACACCACGGGUGUGUUAUACACAGCGACGAGAAUACAUUUUUCAUUCCGCAGACGCGCUCGUUUCGAACAAGGGAAAAACAUUCUUCUUCUUUGUCGCCGUAUACGUAAUAAUAUUAUACCUAACCUACCUAUACUCGUACUAAAACCGUAUACACACACACACACACACACACACACACACACACACACACAAUAUAAUAAUAAAAUAUAGUACCUAAGUACGUAUUAUUUUAUACAUACGGCAUGCGCGCACGGCGAAGUUACAAAACGAAUACAUCCGCCGGACAAGUUCUCUCGUCGAGCGGCGGAGGUACCCCGCGCAUAGCCGCCAUCGCGUGUAUAUAGGUACGGGCGGCAUCCGUUUUAGCUUUUCAACAAUAAAUCUCCCCCUUUAUCGCGACAACUAUUCGACUUCAUUAUUAUUGAAACCGAUUCGGUUUGCGCUCCGCUACCUGUACCCGGGCCGUGUAACAAACCGCGUGUUAUUUUUCCGCCGGGUUUGCUUUCAAUAAACGCAGAGGAACUUACAAAUUCCCGCCCUCGUCUCUGUCCGCCUGCAACUUAUACCGCGUAUCUUAUUUUUAUCGCGCGGACGCCGGUCUUGAUUGCGGAUUAAAAAAAAAAAAUCCGUCGGCCGUUUUCAAAGCGUGCAUUUCCUUCGCUGGCUAUAAUAUCAUAAUUCAUAUAUAUAUAUAUAUACGCCCGUGAGUGUAAUUGCACGCGGUUAAUAUAUUAUUACUACUAUGAACACAACGUAGAAAAGCCGUCGUCGCCGUCGUCUUUGUCGGUUCGUGUGAUGUUCGAAUAGUAUAAUAUAUAAAUACGAGCAUAUAGGUAUAAAACGACUCGUGUAGUAGUCUAUGCAUAAAUGAUAUUAUAAUGCGUAUUUCGCGUGUGUGUCUGUGGACGAAUUUUCUACCGGUAAUCUCGGCCCCAAUCGAUAAACGACAAUUUUAGAUCAAUUUUAGAUCAAUCUAACAUUGAUUUCCUUUGCAGUUUUUUUAAUAAUUUACGGGAAUAACAGUUUCGUUGAUUUCGAUUUUUGUUUUUUUACCGGAAAUCUAAUCGGGUGUUAAUUUUUGAAAUUUCCCUCGCCCUUUUCUUAGUAAUCAGAAAACGUCUGGAAUAUUUUCGGCAAUAACGAUUUCAUGAUUUUAUAUUUUGUUGUGACAAUCCGUUUAAAAAUAAUUGUAAAACCUGAAAUGUUUACAGAUUUAUAUUAGCCCUUUUUCUUUAAUGAUAAUAAUUAUAUGGUUCCGACCGUUUUUUUUCCCAACGGGGCUUAGUUUAAAUGUUCAGUAGUUGAAAUACCCAACAAAUGAGGUCCAGUACCUACGUUUUAUAUUACGUGUCCAAAAUUUAAUAGUCAAUGUAUAACAUAUCCAAUAAUGUCCGAAAUCUAGAUAAUUUAGACAUUCGUUGAAGUAUCGAAUGAAAUCCUUCUGCCAUAUUGGUUAGUAUUCGAUUUAACACGGAUUUAUAAAAAUAUUCCACAAAUUUGGCGUAAAAAGACCUACACAUUUGGAAUACAAAGGUUGCGCUGCACGUCUUCUCCUCUGACGAGCUCCGCGAAUAUACGUGCGCGGUCAACAUAUUCAGUUAAAUUCAAAACGGUUUCCUUCUAUUUCUAUUAUUAUAGAAUAUUAAAUCGCAUAUUAUUAUUAUUUGAUUUUUUUUUAUUUUUUAAUAUUUUCAAACGUUUUUAUAGUUAUUAUAAUUUUUAUAUUUAGUAUCCGAAUUCACUAAAUUUUGAACAUUGAUGUUUAAGAUAUUUUAAAAUAUUUGAAAAUACAGUGCUCCAGCUAUGGAGGAACUGGGGGGCUGUACCCCCUUACAAAAAUCUAUAUUUUUCCGUUAGGAUAACAAUGUGAUUUAUUAAUUUACACCUAGUUCCCUCUCAGUCUUGCCUGAGACAUUGUUUUAGAGACAUGUCACUUUUCUGCAAUUAGUGAUUCAUAUAUUUUCUUACAAGGCUAUAAACUUUGUUUUAACUUUACGUUGUAAAACUAAGGGGUUAUAAAUAACCAGUGAUAAGGGAAUAAGGGAUUUAUAAAAUAACUGGUGAUAAGUAUUUUAGCUUAACAAAAACUAGAUAAAAAAAUUAAAUUUCCCCCUCUCCCCCUAAAUUUUUUUUCUGGCUAUGGUACUGCGGAAAUGUUAUACAGUAGACAUUGAAUUAUGGACAUUUAUCAGUUAUAUAGACCUUAUUUUUUGGAUAUUUCAACUGGGAACCUUUUCGACGGAAAAUAUAGCACAAAAGUGUUCCCGUAAAAUUAACGAAAAGAAGCCUUUUAAAAUCGAUUUUAAUCUCUAAUAUUAUAUUUUAAUUUUUGUUUCUUUUACGUGAACAUAGUUUUGCUGCAUAAUAAUAUGUAUCAUAUGUAUUGCUCGCCAGGAAAACAGAGACGGGAAACGCCACGACGGUGAUAGUAUCUUAAGUGUGGCCAAUAAUAAUAUUUUGUAGUGUUGUUAUCAGCAGGAAUCCGAUGUAGAUCCAUAGACGUUAUAAACCGAUACAAAUUUUUAUGUGUAACACGAGUCUAUAUAAUAAUAUUUAUAAAAUUAUGACAAGCGAGAAAUGUAUUUUUUUUUUACGUCCACGUAAUUACAUAGGUACACGCGUAGGUAUAAUCGUACUGCUAAUAGCUAUUGUUAAAAAAAAAAAAUAAAAAAAAAUAAAAAAAUAUUCUAAAAUUUGUAGGCACCUACCUAUGUAUUGUAUUAUUACGAUUGUAUACUCACUGUUAUUAUACGGAUACCUUCUUAUAUUUACUAUUGUUUUUUCGUUGUUAUUAAUUUUAAUUUUUUAACCGCGCGACUUUUAACAACAAUAAUAAUUAUUAUUCCUCCCACAUUUUACCGCAGCCGCUGUUGACACCCUUGACCAAUAUGAAUUGCAUAAUAAUAAUAAUUAGUGAUGGACACAACUGAAUAAUUAUUAUACCGUUGAAUAUUUCUCCACAGUUUUCCCGAAUAAAAUAUUGGACAGUUCAUCGAAACAAACGAAAACUAUCGAUAGUAUAAACUAUUCGCAAGUACCCGUCAAUAAUAAUUGUGUCAUACGGGUGGGAGCUAUAUCUCUGAAAUCAAGCUGUGAUGCUUUUUUAUCUGCAUCGUUUGUAGUCUUUACCGUCGUGUGUGUACAGGUGUUCGUUUCCUUUAAUGAAAAAUAAUAAUUCUAAUAGAUCGUACAAUAUACUAUGAUCGUUUCGAUUGUUCUCGAGAUGACGUUUUGAUAUUUUUAAUCAAUAUCAUUUUACAAUAUGUUUAGGUAUAAUGUGUACCAAUAGGUAUUUUUAUUUUGUUCGACUAAUUGUCUCGAUAUUUUUUAUCUGUUAUUUGUAUAACGAAUAUACGAAUAUAAUAUAAUAUAGAAUGUUCGUUAAAUAAUGUUUCUUGCACACCGAUAUAGACGAUUAUACAACCGCGAAUAUAUGAUAUAAAUUAAAUUGAAAAUUUUCAAUAUCAAAAUAAUGUACAAUUUUUUAUUUAAAAAAUAUAUACUUAUAUAAGUAUAUACUUUACGUUAUAGCGUAAUACAAUAUUAUUAUACAAUACGUUUUUAAUAAAAAAAAAAACAUAAUACGAUACAAGAGGAUACUCACACGAGUGAACUGCAAACUAUUUUGCAGCUAUAAUAAUAUGUGAUACCUAUGUGCUUUCCUAUAAUCAGAAAAUCAGACCGAUGUUUUUAUUUAUCAUUGUAUUUUGAGGAAAACUACUGUUUACCGAUAAAUGAUUAUUUAUCGGCUAUUACCUUCGAAUAUAUACAUGUAUAAUUACGAUCAUCCUUAUAGUCUGAUGGUGAUAAUAUGACCGUGAUGUUCCUUAUUGUAUAAUCAUAGAAAAUCCUUGUUACACGGCGAUAACAAUAAAUUAUUGAAGCGGCACAUCAUUUUAGGCAUCCGAUUAGAAAUCUACUCGUCACCAUCAGCAGCAGCAGCAGCAGAUGAUGAUUAUUGUACUGCGGUAGUGUUAUUUUUUUUUAUUGAUAUUUUUUUCAACAGCUCACAGGAACACCACCGGUACACAUUUUUACAAUCCUGUUAUAAACACAUUGUUAGUUUUGUAAUAUAGCGACAACGUAAUUAAAAUAUAGGACGACUCGACGGCGGCUGGCUGUGUAUAUAUACGGUACAUUGAGGUUAAUUGCAUGAUACCUGUACUAGGUACGUAUGCGUGUUUUAUUGUAGUAGGUAGAAAACCGCUCUUCCAUGACCUGUAUCCGGAGGCUGAACUGAUUCUACGCUUGAUAUUAAAACUAAAUUAUACUUAACAUUUUGUUUUAACACCAUAUUGAAUUUGUACGUUAUUUAUAUAUUUAUAGCUGUAGACGCCAGACAUUAUAUUGUACAGAAUUACAGAGUGAUCAGAAAUCGUUAUAAAAACAGCGGGGUUCACGUAAUAGAUUAUUAUUAUUACCUGUGCAUAUUAUAUAGAAUUCUCAUAAUUUGCUCAUCAUUUGGUAUAGAGGGAGCUGUUAAAAUGGUCCAAAACUUGUGUGAAAAAGAUAAUAUAAUACACACAAGAGCGAGUGCAAUCUCAGUCACUAUUUUUCGAACAAAUUUGACAAAAAAAGCCAUUACCAAUUUGUAUAUUAUUGUAAGGUAUUACGAUAACAUUGGAAAUAAAUGUUCGUCAACCGUGUCCGUAAUAUAUAGGUAGUUUGUAACGACAUAUCCUGUUUAAUGUAUCUACCUAUACAGGAUUUAUCGCGUUUUCUUCUACCUUUGUCGCUGUCGGAGGUCUGUAUAGUUGUACGCGUGAACGAUAUUCCCAUCAUGAUCAAUGAAAAACCAAUCGCACUACACAGUACACGUAUAUACUUGCGAAACACAAGCGCAAUGACUCGGGGCUAAUGGUCUCCUCAUUCAAUUGUUGCAAUAGAGUGCAGCAUGUACAUCGGCUAUAAUAUUAUAGUCCCCUCGUGCCUAUAAAAUAUUUUAGUAACAACAAUACUUAAUGGAAGAUACUUUUACGUGGCCGCAGGCCGUUGAAUCUGCCCGGCUCAUCCGUGAUUACUUUUCUUUGUGUAAUAUUGUCCUUAUUUGGGACCGAUAAUUACAUCACCUACGGGUCUAUUGAAACUGUAAGACCGCCGUACACAUAAAUAUAAUAUGUAUAUUUUUUAAUGAACCUCGGUAGUAUAUUAUAUACCAUGGUUAAGUUUUGACCAAGACGAUAUACGUUAGCUGGUACCUGCAUGUAUUAUUAUUAUUUUUUAUUAUCAAAGAUAAUCAAAUUAUGUUUUGCGCGUCAGGAAUUUCGAUGGAACAAUGGGCUUCGAGGUGAAAAUAACCAAGAGAAAUUAAAUUGAUUUUUCGCCAAGGGUCCGUGGAAAGACAUUUUAUACGGAAAUUGUAUAGUAUACCUAUUUCAAGGUGACUACAAUAAAUACAUUAGACAUACAAAGGUGCACAUAAAACAUUAUUUAAAUAUAUUGUGAAUAUUAUUAUAAGUGUCCGACGAAAACACGAUACCGAAUAAAAUAUACAGUAUCCCCAUACGUGACUUGGAUUUUGUAACUUUAGGUAGGUACGACGACGGUUAUAAAAUAUGUUGAACACGUUAUUAUAAUGUACAUAUAUCGCUAAAGUGAAAGGUCAGCCACCGUAUAGUUUGAUGAACGUUAUCAUAACAUCAUAUGACGAGGUUCUAUAAUAUUAUAAUAUUGUUUACUUAUGGAAAAGUUAAGUUGGAAAACGAACCGAGUUGAUAGGUCGCAUAAUAAGACAUUUUGAGGUAUUGUUAAAAUAUUGAUUAUAAAGGGAGCGUGGAAGAGAAGAACCAAAGAGAAAGACAAUUAAUAAUAAAGGAUCCAGGAUGCGACUCGUCGUAUGUACAAAUUAAAAGGAAAAUCUAAGGUUUGGUAACUAUAUAUAAUAUAUAGAGACGUAUUGAUUUUUUUAAAAUUAAAAUGUUGCUUAUCUACGAUAACAAUUAUAAUAUUUAUAAUCCAUCGAGUACGGUUAUAUUAUUACACGUUUUGAAAAAUUUGCCUUUUUAUAAUAUUAUCAAUCAUUAUAGGCUAGUAAUUUAAUUGUUUUGUUAUAUAAUAUGAUCACGGUAAGUUUUUAUAUCAUAAGCACACAUAGUCCAGAUAUUUUUUUUGGAGGCGGCUGAUGUGCAUAUUUAGUGUUGAUUUGGGGAGGGAAGUCUUGACUACGGUUUUGGAGACUUCACUCCUCCCCCGAGCUUCCCUUUUUUUGCUUCAUUUGGUUAAUUUACUGAUAUAGUUUUCCCGGAAUUCUGAGAUCGUUACCAUCAUAUUUUUUUUGUACACAUAUCCAAGAUAAAACGGAAAUAUAUCGAUGGACUUGUACGAGUUCUUAAACUACCACAAACAUAAUAUUAUUGUGUAGUUAUAUGGUAAACUGGCGUGCGAUUUCAUAAUCAAUAAUAUAGAGACAAAUAAAAAAUUUCCUUCGGGUUUUUCUCGACCCGCGCAUUCGAUAUGAUGUUAUAAUAGUAUUAUGAAAAAUGUAUCUUGUAACAAUAUGACGGGUAAUGCACAAUUGGAGUAUCAAAACUAACAUCUUUUCUGCAGUAGAAUGUAAUACGAACAUAUGUUAUUGUAUAUUAUUAUGCGAGACUGGUUCAGUUAUACUAUAUUUACCGCGUACGAGGCUCUGCGAGUUUAAGAAGCGUCAUUUGAUUUCAUAGAGAAGAGUUUUAUACAGGUACCUAUAAUACGUAUAGGUAUAGUUAUUUAUGGGUUUUUUUUUCCGUUGAUUUAUGCCGUUUUGCAACGUUGAAAAACAUUAAAAAUGGCGGAAAACAACGAACGAAAUGAUAAUACGCAUCGCGGCUAAGAGCUGUGCAAACCAUCUAGAUUGUGAUAAAUGCGUAUUAUAACUGGUUGUAUAUUAUAUACCUAUACGUAUAAAAUAAUAUACAAGACUAUGUCUGGUGUUCGGAAAAAAAAAAAAUGUAACAGAGUACCUACCUAUUAACAUUCGAAAGGAAAUUAUUUUAUUUUCAGAAUUUUUGCUAUAAACGUUUUAUUUAGAGUAUAAAGGAUUAGUCAGGUUAUGGGUAGGACCGGGUAUACCGGAUUUAAAAAUGUUAACGUGAAAUUAUAUCCUCUAAACUAAUAUAUACAAUAACCAAUACCAUCGUUAUGGAAAAAAAAAACUUAUAAAUCAUUAGGUAUUGCAAUAUGUAUUUUUAAUAAUUGUGUGUACGCUUGCGCAGUUGCACGUAUACUAAUAAUUAUUGUAAUUCGUUCGUCAAUUACAAAAUUAACUUCAAUUUAUAAAUAUUUCUUUUAAAAAAUAUUGUUGGCAAUUAUAUACAUUAUUAUAUACGUUAUUAUUAUUAUUAUUGAUAUAAUUAUUUUGUAAAUGUAAUAAGUACCUGGACGUUCAGUUUUUGUUCGUAAUAUGACGUAUAGUAUACGUUUAUUACUGUUUAGUAAAAAAUAAAAAAAACACUAAGAAUUUGUCAAAUACUACGUGAAAACAGCAGUUUUUUAUAUUACCUACUUAAAAGUUUGCCUACAGUUAUUUGUGAAUUAUGUGUGGGUACUUACGUUAAUAUUUUGGUCACGAUAUUUCGCGAUUCGAAGACGUCUCAUGGUCACUUAGAGAUUGUAUCUAUAUAACUGUACCUAAUUGUUUCUGUGACGUUUUAUUUUAUAAAAAAAAAAAUUAAAUAAAAAAAUAUUCAUUUCAAUGUUUAAUGCUACACUAUAGUGAUAGCCAUUAGUUAUAUUAUAUAAAAUAAAGGACAUUUUAUUUGGGUGUUUUAUAAUUUUCACAUUUAUAGUAUUCGUUGCUGAGUACUAUUCUAUGUUCUUUCACUUUAAGUGUAUAUUUAAUAUGUAUUUAGUAUGUAUUAAUACAAGAUGUAUAAUAGAUGUGUUCAAGAUACAAAAUAUAUAUAAUCUGCCGUGUAGGUAUUAAAUUUCGGUUAAAAUAUAUAAUACUUGCAGACGAUUUAGAGGGGUCAAAUGCUUGACAAGUUGUAUACCAGCAUAAUUUUGUAGACAGAUAACAGAUAAAAGACUUUAGAAAAGGGAUUUUUAGAAUUUCGAAUUUGGAAUAAUUGUACACUACCAAAGUGUUGAAUUUCGAUGUAAAAAGUAGACUACGAUGAUGUUUUUGUUUUGAAUAUUAAGAAUGCAAAGUUGCAUCAAGAAUGGAAUAAAACUGUAGAAUUGUGUAGUGUAUAGUUAGACAUACGAGUACAGACAACAGACAAAAUUUCAAUUUUAUAUAACAUGAUAUGAUUGAAUACUGAACGAAGCCAAGUAAAUUUAUUUGGUUCGAGUUUUAAAUAACUAUAUAUGUCUACAGUAAUUUUUUACAAUUUUAUUUUUGCUCACUUGAACCUAAAAGUAGGUAUAUGUCUGUGUAAAACUAUCAGUAUUCUGUCGUUCGACUAACGGAAGACUUGGAAUUGGGUCGAACGGUUAACUUAUAGUACAUAAAAUUAAUUUGCUUGACAUCAUAUUAUAGACUAGAAUUUGUUCGAUAUCCAUUUAAAAGGAGCGAACGAUGGAGGACAUACUUGUAAUAAUAUGCCACGCGUGAUACGCAAUACAUGGAUAAUCGUCCGUUAUUGGUGUCGUUUUUCCAUAUUUUCUCCAAUUUUGUAAAAUGUUAAAUAUUUUUUUGCAUUUCAACCAUCACCUUAAUAUGAUAAGAUUUCUCACCGAUCUACUAACCGAUACCUACUAUUUAAGGGGAUUGAGAACGGCCGUUUUUACGGACGAAUAGGAUAUUUUAUACAGAAAAACCAGACUUCAAAAUUGUAGAGAUUAUGUUUGACGGGCUUCGACUUUAAAAACGUAUUAUUAUCUUCAUUGUAAAUAAAAAAUAAACUAAUUAAAGUAUAUAUUUUUGAAAAUGUCUAAAAAUUAAAAUUAAAUUUGUUUACGAUUUCCGUAUAAACUAUUGCUGUCAACAUAUUAUCCAAGUAAAGAACCUGAAGAAUCAUAUAAUCCGUUUUCAAUAUUGAAAGCCGCCAAUUACCGUUCUUGUUACAGUUUAGUUUUGGCGUUUAGGUUUAAAUAUAAUACAAUACAAACCGUUAUUAAUCUCUAUAAGCGGACUGUCACCUCCCAUAAUUAAUGGGAUGCGUAUUGGACAUUUUCUUGAAAUAACUAAAAAAUAAUCAAAUUUAUUUUCACAUGCAUUUACAAAUGGUCCCGUGUCAUUAUUACAAGUAUUUAUUGUGUAUUCGUGGUAUGAACAAAAAUGUACGAAAAACUUCGCGUGGUGAAAACUUUUCGGGUCUAUGGAUUUGGUUAAAACCCAAAUAUUCAGUUUAAAAAAGUUUGAUAUCAUUCGAAUUUUAAAGAAUAAUAACUAUUUUUGUAUUUAUAACAUCGAAAAAAUAAAAACAAAUUUGCACAGUGCAAGUUCUCAUUUUUUUAAGGUAAAAAUUGAAUUCCUCAAUCGACUGCAUAGUCGGAGUAGUUUUUCCCGCGCAAAACAGAUUUUACGGUCGAAUCGCGUGCUGUAGAACGGCCUCUUUGGGAAAUAUUAUAAUUUAAUAUAUUUUAUAACAUUCUCUGUAGGAUAAUAAUAUAAUAUGGGUGGUAAAUAAUAAAUAUCCCGAACUUUUAUAAAAUCACUAUACGAGUUAUAUGUAUAGAUAAUAAUAUAACUAUAGGUAUAGGUACCUAUAAUGUGCGCGUAGGAGUUGUACGUUGAAUCAAGUUCGAUAUGAUGAUGCGUUUUCUGUCGCGGUUUUGCCGGGAAACUGGAAAAUCGUGUUAUAUCCCCCUGAUGGCAAAAUUAAUAACAAUAAGUUAUAUACUUAUGGAACUCUAUCUCCCUCUCGUUCUCUCUCUUUCUCUCUCUUCAAAUGUCGUAAACCACACGUUGUUCACAAACCUGUUUCGGUAUAGAUUCGUAUUCCUGUACGGACGCUUUGACUCGCGGAUAACUUUGUGUAUGAGAUAGUUUGUUACACACACAUACAUAAAUAUGUCGCGCUACUUAACUGUUGCAACACCGCGUGUCACACAUGCAUCGGCCGAACGUAUCGAGUGUAUAUAAUAAUAAAUGGUGGAGUCCAUAAUAGUUAGUGAGACUCGGGCAUACAGGGCGAUUCACUUAUCAUGAACCAGCGAUUUUCUUGGAGGAUUUUAAAUGAAUUUGAUUUCUGGUAUUAGUUCAAUCCUUAUGGAAUCGUUAAAAUUUAAUUUUAACACUAUUUUCAAUUAUUACCACUGUACAUUAUACCUGAAAUGUGUAUACACUUCGGAUUUUCGAAUAGCAACCCCUCUUUUUAACAUAGAUUCAACCAGGAAUGCGUUUUUCUAAACAUUAUGAUUAAGCAUAACACUAUUAUCGAAUUACCCAACAUUUUAUGAAUUAUAACAGUUGAAAGUUUAGAAUGGAGGAAUAGACAAGGUUAAUUAAUUUAUUAUUUAAAAAUUAAUAUGAAAUUGAUUACCUUUCCCUACUCAUCCGGGUUGAACUUUAAACUGUUAUAACUGGUAUAAAUGGUAAAUCUGAUAUCAUUGUUAUGCUAUCAAAAUAUAUCUAGAAUCUAUUCGAAUCCAUGUUCAAAAAGGGAAUACCUAUUCCUAUUUGAAAAUGAAAAGUUUAUACUCAUUUAAGAUAUAAAAUGUAAGGGUAAAAUAAUAAAAAUAGUUUAAAAUAAAUUUUAAACGAUUUCAAAAUGAUUAAAAAAAAAAAAACAGAAAUAAAAUUGAUUUAAAAAUCUCCCGAGAAAAUUGCUGGUUCAUGAUAAGUGGAUCACUCUGUAUAUUCGUAUUUAUACGCACAAGAAGUACCACCGCUAUAAUAUUAUUAUGUAUGGGUACUAUUGACUGGGGAAUGAUCGAGCGGAUGUCGUGGGUUUUAUAUGGUCGGUAUAUUGUAUAGGUAUACCUAUACUUAUAUAUAUAAGAUGAAAUAUUGUAUAUUUACCGGUGAGUUAAGCGAUCGAGAAAAAGAGUUCAAUCGACUGUCGUCGUCUGCCGUGUACCAUUAAACUAUUUUAUCUGAUUGCAUUGUAUUUAAAAUAAUAUACUUAAUAAUAUUAUAUAGAAAAGAACGUCGCGAUAGGUACCGCGUGUAUCUACGCGUUGUAUACCCGUAGGUAGAAUGGCAGAUCUUACGGAAAGUUACAAUUUUAUAUUAAUGUUGUAGUCUGAAACUAUAGGUAGUCGGGAUUAUUGGCGGUCGAAAUCAAAGUCGAAUAAUAUUACCAUUUAACAAAAUCUUAUGGGUACCUGUUCUCAUUGUUUAAUUUUCUUCGUCAAACGACAAAAACAAUUUCCCUAAUGAGAAACUAGUUUACAUAACAUUUAGUAAAGAAUCGUAACUUUUAUUACGAGUGUAUACCUAUUUUCUAUGUUACAGUUUUAACGUAAUAUCGUUAAAACAUUUAUUACCUACUGUUACGUUUUAUAGUUUGGUAUAAAAGAUUCGAUUUCAUUAUUUUAUUGCAUUUCUAUGGUUUUUAAUACAUAAUCAAUAUAGCGUAUAAACUGUAUAAUAUACGUAUUAUAAUAUGUUACAUAUUAUAUCGAUAUCAAAAUGUGUAAUCGAAAACAUACUACGAGCGUAAGAGGUGUAUAAGUUGCUAUUUGAAUAUCAAACAUAGGUAACCGUUUCAACCCCGAAAAUAAGGAUGAAAAGAAUAAAGAAAAUGUAACAUUUUUGAAUAUAUAAUUCUAAAAAGUUUGUUUUUUGAAAAAAAAAGUAUUUCAUGGUAAAUUUGACUGUAAGAUGAAAUUUGGAUGAACCUGAACCCUUUAACUUAUAUAAGCGUAUGUAAGUUUGCCAUACAUCCGAAGUACUAAAUAAAAUAUACACUGUUUUAUUAACUGGACAUAUUUUUAAGUUCGAAAAGUACAUAAAAUAAUAAUAUUGUACAAGUUGCAUUUUAUAAUAUAAGUUGUUUGCAUAAGCUAAAAAAAUCCAACUAUUUUGAGAAAGCUUAAGCCUCAUCAAUAUUGAUUGGUGUCAGUGGCGAUUAUAUUCCAGUUUUGAUGAGCGAUGAAACAUCAAGGGAGGAACGAUCCACCAAUUAACCGCAGAUAACCACCACUGACUAAUAUUGAUUGGUAUUUACUUGAUUGGGUGAGUGGGCUUAUUUGAGUUUUAUGGGGGAGUCCUUUCAUCCCAUUUGCAUUAAUGAUUGUUUGAUGUAUAGAAAUAUUAUUAAACUGUGUAGAUAAAUAGGAUAGGGUUGUACUUUCAGAGACAAUUUAGCGAGAAAUAAGUACGAAAUAGAUUGCAGUUGACAUAAUAAUACAAAUAUUGUUUGUAUAUUCCUAUAUGUAGCUACUCUCCCCCGUCGUCGCGUUAGCUUCUUAAAGCCACUCUCUUUUCGUUUUUUAUUUUUCGUGACGCUUCGUGCGAUAAGUUUUCGUAACAUUUCUAUUCGGAAUUAUAAUACUUACUAUAUAUAGGCACGUAUACAGUGGCUGCAUAUAUAACCACUAUAUUAUAUUAUGUGUUGCCGAAUACCGUAUACUUACAAUACGAAUCGUACGAAGAGCGGCACAUUAGCGGCAAUUAAGCGAUAAUUAUUAUAUUUUCUACGGCUAGUUGAAUUAUUAUUAUUAUUAUUAUUACAUUAUACUCCCCCUCACGAUGACCUCAGAGGUUGCAUGUCGAAUAUACACAUAGUGUUUCAUAACUGCACGACGCGCGGCGUUUGAACGGUUCUUUAUUAUAAAUAGGUGUUAUAUCAAUAAUGAAAAUAUAGUUAUAAAAGAAUAAUAUUAAACUCGUACCCGUUGCAGAAAUCUCUUGUGGCCGGGUUCGUGAAUAUCCGGGGUCAGUUAUUAUUUUAACGUGUGUUUAGACACAAUUUGUGCGGUUCUAAUAAUAUUUAAAUUUUAAUAUUUUCUAUAAUUUUUAAAUUUCUAAUAUUUAACUUCUAGAUUUUAAAUUUUGAGCGCAGCGAAGAAGCUAUUUGUUUUAUUAUGAUAUGUUUCUUUUCUCUCGGGAAACACUUUUUCGGAUUGUAAAGAUGAUCCGGUUUUUUUAUAUCAUACCUUAAAAGAUACGGAUUUUUACCCUAGUACUUUCAACUAAACAUUUGCUUUUAGUUUAUUCUUAAUAUUUUUUUGGUUAGGAAAAUGCUCCAAGUUUUUCACGUUUAGUAACUCAUAAUUACGGGACUAACGGAUAAGUGAACUUCAACUAAAACAAUUGUUUCAAUUAUUAUAUUUUAUACAUACAGAAUCUAAAUUACGGUCUAUUAUAAAACUAGCUGUUAUGGAGAGUUGAUACACGCGAUUGGGAGGGUGCUACAGAAAUUAAACGGUAAAUGGAGUUUCGUGAUUAGCAGUGAUGCGUAUCAUUGGCCACGGACAAAUUGGGGAAUUUUCAAGGAAGUUAGCCGGAAAGUAUACGAUAAGGUUUAUGGACAAACGAGUGAAGCGAGAUGGAUCUUUGAAGGUAAUUUAGGAUAAGAGAUGGUAUAGCAGUAUCAGUUUUGCCUGAAGGGUGUUGUAGAAGAAAGACAGAUUAUUAUACGUUAUAUAUGUUUAAAGAUUUUAUUGAAGAAAAUUAUGAAAAUGAGUAAAAUUAAACAGUUGAAUACUGAUAACAGAAAACUACCAAAAUAAAAUUACUAUUUAGUUUAACGAUGAACCCAUUCUUGACGCAUCCGUCGGGCACAAACAUUUUUAAAAUUAUGUAUAUACGGUUUAUGAAUAUAUUCUGCACAGAAGUGCACUUGCUGUAUACGCAUAUCUAUAUAAUAGGUUUUCAAAUUUAAUUAUAUCAUAAAGAGGUACUGGACGUAUAUUUAUAUUUUUUUUCUUAUGUUUUGUAUAUUCGAAGAGAACGAGUAUGCGCAAAGUAGGUAGUCAGGUAGUUAACUAACUCGACACGGAUCGUAACGGCAGACGGCAAAAAAAAAAAACAGGAAAAACUUACGAUGUUCGGAAAACUAAGAGGAAAAAAACACAAUAAAUUCACGGAAUGGACGAACCCGUGCGUGAAGCGUACAACUAAAAAAUCAUCAGAAAAGUGUAGCGUGUGAGCCGAACUGUGAAGGUUGAAAUCACAAUUACAAGUCGUUGUUUAUUACGCGAAAAAAUAUAUACGUAGGUACUAUCGUGGAUACAUCUGUCAAAUUUAAUUUGUUUUUAGUUCGUUAUUUUUUUAAAUUCUGAGCGUAUUUUUUUUUUUUUGAAUUCGAAAUAUCUAAAAAUAUAAAAUAUACGUAGUCUUGCUAUUGUUAUUUUUUUUUUAUUAUUAAUGGAAUAUUUUUCGUGUGAUUUUUUGAAACUUGAAAUUUUACAAAUCAAUUUUGAUGUUAUACAAUUUACGUAAUAUUAUAUUAUUUUUCAUUAUCAGUACGUUAGUGAAUACAUAAUUAUUUUUAACGGACGAUGUUUUAAUCAUCGAAAGUUUUACAAAUCGCACUUUUAAGAACAACAUGUUUAAUCAACGGUGGACGGGAAAUAAUUGCAAGUUGCGUUGUAUAAUUAACCGUUUAAUAAAUUAGUCAAACAUGAUUUAUUCAUUGUUGGCAUAACCUAAGUCUCAUUAGGUGUUUAGUUGUAGUAGUAAACGUUAGGUAACAAGUUGAUGCCUCAGCAUAUAAUAUAAUAUUUAGCUGAUUCAAUGUCGGAUGCCAUAGGUAUACGCAAGUACUAGCUUGUUAAACACACGAGUACGUAAAAUUAAUUUUUAAAUAAAGGACAGUGAUUUCACUGCAAUACUUUAUAGGACAUCAAAUAUAAAAAAAAUUAAUUAAAUCAAUGAUAAUAUUGUAUGCGUUGAGAAACAAUUAUUUUGCGAAUUAAAUAUUGCGAUUAAUUGCCGGGAUUUUAGGUACCUAUAUAAUACAAGCAUCGAAUUUAGUAGUAUGCCAUUUUUACGGGUAUCUUUUUUUUUUUUUUACUUUUUGUCUAGUUGUAACAUUCGUAUAAUAUAGCAUUGUUGUUCGAACGCUAGAUGAUAUUUUUUCGUGACCUACGAAUAUGAUUGAGGAAGUGGUUGGUUAGUAGUGAUUCAAUAUAAAUAACACAAUAGACUUGAUAUACCGAAAUGUACGCGAUUACGUUUCCGUUAAAUGCUGGCCCCAUCAAAUUCGUAUGGUUAGGAAUAGAUACCUCCUACUGUCAGUUUUAUAUAAUAAUGAUAAUAAUUAUUAUUAUCAUAACCAACGAUUAUUCCCACGGUGUUAAGUUCAGAAAAUCCGUCACGUUCCCAGAGUGAGUAUUUCCGGUUACAUUAUGAACGUACCUAUCAUUUUAUUUCGAAUAAAAAACCAACAUAUGCGAUUCAAUCACGUUCUUACAAGACCUUAUAAUAAUAAGACCGAGACGUCUGCAGAUUAUAUACUUAUAGUUAUUAUAAUCACUAGGUAUACUACACUUUUCAGUAGAAAACUCACGGAUCAAAAGUUAAUCAUUAUGUACGAUGUAGGUAUUACAAUGCAGGUACAUUUGUGAUUUUUAUGUUUGCGAAGAUCAUGUUUUUUAGGUGAAAUUCGUGUUUUUCAGUAUUUUAUUUUAAGUAAUUUCUUCGAAAGAAGCGCAAUAACGUCCGGAUCUGUAGGGUGAACCAUUACGCCGUAGAAGGGAACUCCCCGAGGUCAUUUUCUUGAUUCGACGUUCGUGCAAGACCGUUCAGUAUAAUAGUCACACCAUCCGGCCAGUGCGUGUUUGGCAAUGUGUACUGUAUUGUUAUUUUCUUAACCGUAUAGGUUUUUUGUUCUUUUUAUUUUUCUCGGAUCGAUCAAAUGAGCGGAAAUUCAAAUUCUAUUUGUAACUAUACCAACUAACUUGGUUAUUAAAUUUUAUAUAGGUACGUGCCUUCCUAUUUCAAGGUCUACAGCUCGAUUGUCGAUUUCAUAGCGUUUGCGACACACCGACAAACGAUUAAUUUCCAGUAUUUAUAUUAUAUAUAUUUUCUAUUUUAUAUCCUUAUUGUUUCGCAUGAAUCGAUCCGAUUCCCUCGAUAUAUUAUUUCUGCACAAUACUCGUUAAAAGUGUUUAAUACCCAACGAAUUAUUAUUAUUUUUCACAGAUCAAAUUUGACUUGGAUUUUAUUUAGUUUGUGACAGGGGUGGCGAAAAUGUUUAUAGCCACGCGCGCCCAAGGUGGCACGCGUAAACCUUAAGCCAUAAUUGGAAAUAACUGUACGAUUUUUAUUGAAUUUCAUACCUAUGUAUUAUGCUUCUAUAUAAUUUCAAAAUUGUAUAACGAAAGCCUUAAAAUAAAUUAAGCAUGGAAAAAUGUUUUAUAUAUAUUUUGUAAAAGCUAUACAUAAUCUAUAUAAAAAUAAGGCAUUACGGUUGCUCCAUUAUUUUACUUCGUAGUUUUAAGCAUAUGACCAAUUCAUGAUAAUAUGCUAGUAAUUACAUAUAAUUAUUACACGCGGAUUAACAAUAUAUUGAGUCAACAAACUGUUUAAUAACUCAUUGAGCAUUCACACAUAUAUACGUCCAUAGCGGAAAUAUAUGUUUACCUCAAACCACGUAGAAAGUAAAUGUGCGAACUACUGCCGCACUCUUACUUUUUUCGAAUUCCCGGACGAGUUGAAUAUACUCUCGGAUAUUAUAAUUACGAGAAUACAAUUUAUACACGAUGACUCUUUUAGACAUUAUUACGUACGUAUUAAAACGACGCUCUAAAUAUAAUAAACAUAUUAUGACUGGAUGUAACUUUGAUUUCGUUUCGGACCUCGCCUCGUUACCGCGAUUAUCCUUGACGCCAUCAUGUUAUAUAUAUUAUUAUAGUUUUUGACGACGGUCAAUCGAUUUUCAUCGCAAUAACGAUGACGCCGACCCACCUACUUCCGUCAUUUUGUUUAUUGUCCGUGUCAGUAAAUCCGAUUUGGUCCAUCAAUGCAUGACAUGCCUGUAUAGUAUAAAUUCAUUAUACAUGGGUACAUCGCAUAUACGAGUAUAUGUACGGUGUACAUUGUACACAAUGUUUAAUAAAUACGUUGGAAAGUACUUACACUGCUACACUAAUCGAGUAGGUUUGGCGGUUAACCAACUAUAUUGGUCUCUAAAUUUGUAGGGUCUGCACUCUGGUGACAGUUUACUGUACCAAAAUAGUAGGGCUAGCUAGCUCAGCGGAAUCCGGACCAAACGAGCAUUUAAAAUUAUAAAACACGUGACAUAUAAUGAAAAUAAGUGUCGAAUUUAGAUCCCAAUAGACUAAAUGCGUAGGUGAUUUUUACGUUCUGUAGUAUUUACAUUAAAUACGAAAGACCUGUAGUAAAUCAAAAAGAUAUUUCGAGAAAAUUAGAUUUAAAAUCUUUCAAAUCAAGGCGUUUUCAUAAUAUAACAAUGGCGUUUAUAUAUAAUUUAAUGAACAUUAUAACAUUAUUUGCACCGAGUGAAUUCGGGCUGGUGAAAUUAAAGUUCCUAAUAUUAUUAUCACACGACCUAGCAACUCCGUCAUAGUUCCACCGGAUGAGAAUGAUUACACCACAAAUAGCAUUUCACGUCGCUCUUUCCCCUCCGCUAAUAAAAUUAUAGAUUUUAAUUUAGGUCUUUUGGGGAUUCAUUACCCAUUGAAGUGUUAAUAAAAUAAAUAAUAAUAGUGAUUUUACUGCUAAUUCAAAUAUUUCUGUGCAACAGAGACAUGUAUUAUUAUCACUGUCGAGUAGAAAAACAAUAUUGACAGUUUUUCUUUUUUUGAAUAUUUAAAGAGAUGUACCCGUGUACAUCGGGGGUAGUCUUUCUUCGUCGUUAAUAGUAUUACGAUGAUUAAAUCGAUUUGUAUAAGUAUAAUAAUAUUAUUUUUGAGUAUUAUAUUGUAUGCGCGUUGCAAAUGUAAAAUGUAUUUUGCAACCGGCAGCGCGCAGGAUCAGAAGUUGGCGUGUAACCUUCGCUAUCGUUUUCGUGACACACAUUCAAAUUAAUAAUAAUAAUAAUAAUAAUAAUAACAAUAAUGAUAAUAAUGAUAAUAAACGGGCGCGUCUUAUGCGAUUUACCAAUCGCCUAAGCAGACGGACAAUGGCCUUCGUGUAAAAGUUGUAUUGCCCUCUCUCUCCUUCUUUUCUUCUCUUAAGCGAAGCUACCUGCACAUAAUAUUAUGUCGUAAUAUUGAUAUUAAUAAUGAUUAUAAUAAUAUAUCGUAAAAAUAAUGUAACAUUAUGUAGAACUUUUGACCUAUAACGUUGUGAUGAUAGUCGUGAGUCUUUAUUAUUAUACGGUUCGUACGUUGGUACCUCAUCCUUAUGUCAUUUUAAAACGAACAACGUAAACAUUGUACCGCUAUAUGAGUUUAUUUAUUUUUUAUAUCGUGUAAUCGUCAUCGGCUGUAGGUUCUACUCUUGAGUUUUCAUGAUUACUACUAGUAAAAAUGCAAUAAUUCACUGAUAAAUAAUGCAUCGAUACUUUUUAUUUUAUUUAUAAGAGUUUAUAAGAAAUGUUUACAUAAUAUAGGUAAUAUUAAUUUUAUCAAAUGGGAUGAGAAUAGGCGUUUUUAUAAACGAAUAUAAUUUAAAUUGUAUAUUAAUAAUAAUUGUCACGGACAAUCAUUUUGAUUAGAAUAAUAAUAUGCCUGAACAAAAAAAAAAAAAGAAAAUAAAACGUCCUUACUCGUAAUUUUCGUUUCAUAUGUAUAUAGGUAGGUAAUUCUUUUAGCGGGUAUCGGAAAAACAUAGAAAUUAUUGAUAUCUUAAGACUGGACUAAACGUUUCAGAUUCUGAACGUAGCGAGGAAUAUAUUGUUUUUACUAUGAUAUGCGUUUUUUUUCAAUCGGGUGAACAACUUUUCUACCAGAAAUUUCACCCCGAACAUUAAAUUCCGGGACUGUUUUGGGUAGAAAAUUUUGUCUAGUUGAUACGUCAAGAUGUAAUUUUCUGGUAUUCCUUGUACUUAGUUUUCUUAAUAAUGAAGAAAAACAGAAAAAAACGUCGGAAAACGCAAAUGUUUACGCUAUAACGGUUUCUGUUAUUAAUUCAGUUGUACCACAAUGGUCAUAGAGACCUGACAUUUUCGGAGAAUAUCUACUCAUAUUAGUCUUUUCUAAAAGUGGUAACUUUUUAAGAACAUUCUAGCGAUUUUUUAGCUAUUUAUGGCCAUUUGAAAUUGUUGAGUUUUUAUAGUUUUUAUUUGGUUUUCCGUGGAUAAAAAAUUUCGUUUUAUAUUUGUAGGCAUAUUGAAUAUUAUAUAACCAGGGACAUUCAAAUACAAAUGCAAAUAAUAAAUUAUUUUUUCGACCAAAUACAAGCCAAACUAAAAAAGCACUCUGUAACUAUGUGUUGUAAUUAUAUGCGUCGGUUCGGGGAUUAUUUAUGAGUCGUGACAACAUCGUUGACAGUUUAGAUAUGGUAUCGAUGAUGGUAAAUAACAAAACAUGAAAACCAGAUAUAUCAUAGAUAGCAAUGUCAAGAAGCAAUGUAAAUAUUAUUAUGCCGUUAGUGUUUAAAAACAAAAAUAUAAAAUUGUGCAUGUGUAUGACAACCGUUUGCCGUGGAAAAAUAUCCGCAGUAUCAAUUAUUAUUAAUAUUAUUGUAAAAAAGUAGUUAGCGUAAAUUAAUAUUAAAUAAUUUCGUAAAUUGGUUUCUUCUUUAAACGCGUCGCGUUUUAAAUUAGUAAAUAAUCUUCAUAAGUAAUUUUACGUGUAAACAAAAUCGAUUAAUUAAAAUGACUUAAUAUCCGUUCGGUAAGUGUAGGAAUGAUGAGGUUUUUAGUAGAGUGAAUAUCCAGAAAUCAAUUUGUAAUAUGCUAAAAAUGAGAAAAAAAUGCGGACCUGACACUUAAUAAGGAAUAGUCCUUUGGACAACCACAACAAUAGAAGAUAAGCCAGGAAUGAGAUGUCUAAAAUACAUUUCAUGAAACAAGUGAUGGGCGAUACAGGAUUUUCGAUAUUUUUUCAUUAGCCAUAAGAACAACUCAUGAUGAAUCUUGUAUCAAAUGUUUGAUCAUCAUGUUUCGGAAGCUGACAAAUUAUAUCCACAUAAAACCAAAGCAAAAAAUAAUCCAUAAAGCUCAAAAAUCACAAAUAACAAUAAAUAAUUUUAAAAAAAUGACAGUAUGUUUUAAAGUUAUACCACGUUUAUGGAAUGAUAAAAUAAAUUUUCGGUCAAAAUUUAGGUUUCUACGGUUAUUUUUGACUAUAUUGAUACAAUUGAAAAUAACAAAAAUCGUACGUUAUUAAGUAAAUAUUCCCAUUUUUCUGGCUUUUUUCCCGAUUUUAUUUCCCAACAAGACAAAAUUUGCUAACAAAAAAAAAACCAACCCUGAAGUUAAUGAUCGGAGCAAAAUUUUUGGUAAAAGGUGUAGAUGAUAGUAAAACCAUUAACUAAUUAAAAUCUAAAAUUACAAAAAAACUAAAAGUGUAUAAAAAAAAAAUCUACUUGCUCACGUAUAAUAUUAUAAACUAUUUCAAAAUAGUAUACCUAUUCAUAAGCCGUCAUUAAAUGUCUUUAAAUUGAUAUUUAUUAUUAUUUGCAUGUUUUAUUCGGCUGUUUUCAUUUGGUUAUAUAAGUACAACCGAAUUCCGAAUUUUGUAAACUGUCAAUAAAAAAUAAAAUAAAAUAUUGACAUGUGUUAUUGGUGACAAAGAAUAAAUUUUAGAUUAUAAAAACAUGUUCGAUUUAAUACGUACGUAUUAUAUUUUAUAGAUAUAUACAUUUUCAAAUAAUAAGUAAUUCUAUAUUAUUGUGUCACUUGCAGUGGUAGAUUUGAAUCUUCUGAUUGCCAAAACGCUUGAAACUGUCUGGGUCGUAGACAGAUGGGAAAUAACUAGAGAAAAUGUUUGUAUACGCUAUACAGAUUAUUAUAGAUUUCUAAACAAAUUAUUACAGUGAUUUUUAAAUAAUUACCAUACAAUUUCCAACAACCCGACAACGCAACAGCCCAAACGAUUUAGAUUAUACAGUUUUCGUAAUAAUAAAGUUUUCUAUUGUAAUGCAUUUAGAUUCAGUAAGGAGAAGAAAAAAUGGUUUUAAAAUUAUGUUAUUCUUUUUUAUUUGUAUUGUAGGUACAUUUUAGGUAUUGGGAUAAAAACUGCAUAUAGCUCCUUCUUAACAGAUUGGAAAUUAGUCACAGAUAUGAUACUUAAAAUAUGCUAUUAUUUUUUUAUAUACAUAUAUAUAUAUAUAUAUGUAUAUAAAUCAUCGAUAAUUUUUUUUAAUGGCGAAUUCGAAAAAUAGUGAUAAUUCCCAUCUAAUUCGUUUUCAAUCUAAAGCUUUAGUUUUGGUUAUUGUAUAUUAUAUACUUUUAAUUUGGAAUGUAUAAGCAUAUUAUUUACUAUAAGUUCAUUCUAUAGUCUAUUAAAACUAUUAAAUCUUUUUUUUGUUCAAUACAAAAUCUUUUACACAGUUUAAUCUUUCUAAAUUAUUGUUGUAAACGGAUUCUAAUUUAAAAGUCGGGUACCUACAUUUACUGCGUAUUAUGCAUUUAUUUUGUCUUUUGUUUUUCACAAUUUCAACGGAAAUUUUCGAAUUUAACGACAGAAAUUCUUUACUAAAUAAAAGUAAGUAGAUAAAAAUAAAAAAUUGUUUCCAACAAGAACAGCUCCCAGAUUGAUUAUUUACGAUUAUUUAUGACUUAUACUGGUUCAAUUAUUUUUCAAUUGGACUUAACUUGGUCAAGUUUUAGACACUUAGUUUGUUUAAAAGACGGAUUUAUCAAUGAUUCUCAUAUUGUAUGUUUUAUGGUCUCAUGGUAGUAUUAUAUUUAAGUUUUAUCACUUUAAAAAUCUAUGUAUCAGUCAACGCGCGUAGUCAUAGAUAUUAAUCGCAAUAUAAGCUCGGCGAUAUUUUCACCAAACGGAAAUACCGUUAUAUUGAAGGAAUUCUAAACUAUUUGAAGGUUAGGUAUAAUAUAUACUAUACAUUAAUCAUAAUACAAAUAAUACAAUAUAUAUAUAUAUUAAUCCUAUUUUACCAAUAUUAUAAAUGCGAAAGUUUGUUUGGAUGGAUGCAUGUUUGUUACUACUUCUCGCCCGAACUACUUAACGGAUUGAGCCGAAACUUAUCCUUCUAACCUACCUCCCCGUAUUUGAAAUCCAAAGAGGUUGUGACAUGUGAUGUAUUGGUAUAUUUAUUACAAAAAUCUAAUUAUUAGAUAUUGUUAAUGUAUAGGCCAUCUCUAUGGUAAAAUAAAAUUAAAAUUAAAACAAGCAAAACUAUUAUAAUUAUUGAUGAUUAGGAUCUUGUUGAUAGGGAUGAUAAUUUUUCUAUUAUUUCUUUUGGCACAGAAAACAAUAGGGGGGACACCUAGUAAUAUAGAAGCCAAUCAAGUUUAUGAUAUUAUAUUAUAUACACGUAUGCAACUUUUGCAAUCGCUUAGCUAGUGUUUUUAACGGUGUGCAGACCGCCAGAACCAUAGUCGCAAUUAGGAAGCCCUCCUCCCAAACAUAGAUUAUAGUUUCUUAUUAAUUUGUAUUCAUAUUAACAUAGAAUGUUUAAAUAAUUUGUUACGAGUUUAUUAAAAAAUCGUAAUACUAGUUAAAAAUACCGUGGAAAUAUAAUUGCAAGCUUUGUAUAAUUUUCGAGACUUUAAAAUUUAAGGUUUAGAUGCACCUACGAGCAGACCACUUUUAAAAUGUGUACUGCCUCCCAUAUAUAUAUAUUUUGACCGUCCAGGGUUAUUUAAUUCAAUUAUUGUAGGUAAAUUUGUAAAAAUGUCAUGCGAUGAUAUUAUUAUAACUACCUAUAUCGCAGGACGUGGCGUUUUUCACACAUCUGUCAAUGUCCCCAAGACGACGACGACGUUCCAACGCAUACAGAUAUAUACCUAUGUAUACGAGUAUUAUUAAUGCACUUAAUAUUUUUCCCAAGUAAAAAUUCGGCCAAUGUCUUAUUGCCGCAAUAUACGUUUACCUACCUACCUAGACGAUUCUUCGAGUCGAGUGUUAUAGAAGAAGAAAAAAUAAUAAUACCUAGAGCGACGAAAAAACCUCUUGUCACGCUCUACGACUUCUCGGUCUCGGUCAGCUACCUCUCUGCUGUUGCUGCACGUAGUGACGUAGUGUACGUAUAAAGGUACGUAUAUAUGAUCAUCAGAAACACCGUCAUAAUAUUAUUUUUAUAAUUUUACAACUUUUUUCCUUUCUCAAACAGUACGUGUGUAUGUGUGUAUUUAACACAAGGACUUGUACACUUACGUACCUACAGCGCGCGUUUGACACAACUAUUAUUUGAUCUGAAUACUAAUUAGUUUUAUAUUAGUAUACAGUAUACCUAACUUAUUCCUUAGGUAUCGGUAAGACAAUACGAAAUAAUGUACACAAAAAUAUUCCUAUUACGGACUAGGCAAAACAAUUUCACUAUCUAUACUCGUACGUAUACCCAGUACACACUUACACGGCCGAUGACAAUAAACGAGACUGAAAAAAACAGCACGAUUGUUUUAUAAUAUUAAUGGAUAUUUUGUACGUCUACGAUUGUUUUACCGAUACAUAGUUUUAAAAAAAAGUUCUAUGCGAUUAGAAAUUUUACAUUUUUUGUAAGUAAUACCUACGCAAUAAAACAAAUUUGUAAUUAAUUUUUUUCGUAUACGAUUUAGUUAAAUCUACAUUGUAAAUUUAUUAUUGUACAUUUAUAUUGUUUGGCAGAGUUUAACCUCGUCAUGUUACUGCGUAUGUAUAUAGAAUUAAAAAUAAAAAGUUGAAACUGCUAAUGAGCGUGCCACUGUUUUAGGAAAGAAGUUGGAAGAGAGAAUAUAAUAUAGAUGAAGGGUAUUAGUCGUAUCAAAUUGAGAAAUCAAAAAAAAUUGUCAUUUUUUACCUAUUUUCUAAGAAAACUACAAGGGAAAUCAAUAAAAUUACCCCAAUGCACCAACUAAAUAAAAAAAUGCUAUAAGAAAUUUCUUAUGAAGUGAUUGAUUGGAGACAUAUUUCUGGAAGAAAAGUUGUCUAUAGACACACAAAAAAAACACAUAGUAAAAUCAAUACAUUCUUUGCUUUGCCCAGUAUCUUAUAUUACUUUUAUACUGACUAGAAAUUAAUACGGCAAAUAAUAACAAAACAAAAAAAAAAAAAAACACGUUAAUACUCGUUUCUCUUUGAAUCUAAUAAUUUUGUUUAAAACGACAUUUUAAACUAUAAAUUCUCAAUAUGGAAUUUUAACUAGUUAGUUACUACAUUUUCAUCCAAGCAUUUAACAACAUUUCAUCGUUCAUCGUUGUAUAAUAACCCAAACGUUAUAACGCCAUUAUAAUAUUUACGUGUAGGUUUAAACGAAUACAAUUCCUCGAUUUCUGGUGAAAUUUAAAAUGUAUUCGUAUUCUUAUAUGAAUACCUAAAUUAUUCUGCAUUUUAAUUUGUUUUGUUUAUUCAAAUCCACCGAAGAAAGUGAUCGUGUAUACCUACAAAAAUAUUAUUGUGUUGCAUACAUAUAAUAUACAAGUUAUUAUUGUGCAAAUGUUUUUAUUUUUACAUUUUGUUAAACAAGGCAAUAUUACGUAGGUAGGUAGUUAAGUAGGUAGGUACGUUGUACAUUCGUACAGAAUUUAAAUUUUAUUUCUCUUUCAGCCGUCCGGUUAUAGGUUUGUAUUUUCAAACUUUCAGUGAGAGUAUCUAGAAAACGUUAAUAACGAACAAAUAUCAAAUAUUGUACAUAAUAUGAAGUUCCACUAAAUUACUAUAAAGUUAACAUAUUAUUUUUCUGAAUUAAAUAUAUUUUAAAGUCAAAGGAAUAGUAAUGGAACUGCAGUUAAAUAAACAAAUAAAUAAAUUUCUUCUAUAUUUCGAGAUCGAACUUUAAAACCAAUCGAAAAAUAUUUUCCAGUCUGAAAAUAUUUAAGUAUGUUUUAGUUUCUUCCUCAGACCCUGCCAUAUGUAUAAAACAUGUAUAUAUACGAAUGAUUUAUUUAAUUUGGAAUUUGAUUUGGGGGAGACAAUAAUUAAGGAAAUUUCAAACAGAAUGGGGAUUCCUUUAUCUUAACGAUCUGGCCGACCUGGUACGUUUCACGGUGAAUUCAAAUCUGUUUUCAGAACUCGCUUCGCUACAUCAAUCAAUUGACAUUCAAUUUGAUCUAUAUUUGAUACACAUGUGCGUUGGACAAACAAAGAUAAUAAAAAACCUCUUGACGAUUUUGUGAUAAUGUAGAAGUCUUCGGAGUCCCGAUUGGAAACAUUCUGGUUGUGCCACUGAUAUUAAAUAAUGUUAAUUUAAAUACGUUUCACGUGGUUUAUACCGAUUAUACCACCGGGUUGAAGACAUCUGGAAUUUACUUGUGUGAAACAUCACACGUAGGUAUAUAAUAUAUACAAUAUUAUUAUAAUCUUAUUAACUCUACGACAUUUUACUAUAUUACAACCUGCAGUACUCGCGGGAAGUGAAAGUGCGUAUAUUAAUAAUAAUAAUAAUUUUUACUGCUCACGCUACAAUGACACAUUAACAUAUUAUAUUACAAGGAGGACGAUUAUUUAUAUAUGAUUAUGUUUCGACGUGAGAAAACUGCACGCGGCGCUUUUACACCUUCCUGUGCAACAAGAACAUUUUGCGGGUACCUAGGUUGGCGUAUAUUAUAUUAUAGUGAUGGUAAAUGAAAUCGAUUCGAUUUCACGCUUAAUUUAUACACAAUAAUAAUAAUAAUAAUAAUGUAUGGGACGCAAAAAAAAAAACCAACAAAAAAUCCAGAAGUGACAAACUGUGAAAAAAAUUAUAUUAUAUACAGAAAACUGAUUCUAUUACAUUCAUAACAACGACAAUUAUUAUAGUAGUAUUUAUAAUAAUAUUGUAUGUUUAUAUAUACGCGAUGAUAGAUGCUGUUUCGAGUGGGCAUCACGAUAGGUUCAUUGUUCAAGAUCAACUUUCUCUCGCGCUCGUACCACCUGCACAACAACACCGACGCCGAUAUCGUCGUACGGGAUACGCGUAGGAAUAUCGUCGUGAUGUUUGCGCAUCGUUAAAAAAAAAUCUAUACGAUAUCAAUCGGAGAUAAUAAUAUUGUAUAGUGGGUUCUCUUCGUCGUAUAAAUUUCUAGCCCGUAUAAUAGUAAAAUAAGUUUCUGAGCGAAGCGAGAAAUGAAUUGGUAUUACUAUGAUGUGUUUGGUUUUGUGUCUGUAAACUAAUGUUUUACUAGAAAUCUUGCUUCAAUCAAAAACUUUAUAGGAACUUUCUUAUAAGAAGUUGGUAGAUGGACGAGGUUUUUGUAUAAUUUCUGUUGAUUUCCGGAUUACAUUGGCAACAAGCGAACAAAGUAUGUCUAAUAAUACUCUGCUCAGAAUCGUUUUUCUUUAGCAAUGGUUUAAUGUUACGUUCAGAUAUAAACUACCCAAUAUAUCUUCUCUUUCUACUUUUUUCUUAAAAUCUACUUUGCAUUUAACCUUAGUGUUAUUACAAAGGUAUUGGGUAUUGGAAUCGAAAAAAAAAAUUAGUAUCGAGUUCUAAAUUGUCGAUAUCGCUCAUCUCUAGUUAAAAGUUUAAAAUCAAGUUCAUGUUUGUGAAAUAUUAAGUCUUUACGUAUUUAAUAUACACUUGUUGUAAGGAAAUUACAAUACUUUCGAAAAAAGUACGGCAUAUGGGAAUCCUAUGAUAAUAUAUACUAUUUUAUUCAUAUGAAAUCGCGGCAAUUUAAUGUUCGAUAAUAUUAUAAUUAACAUAUUAUAGGCAACAAUAAUAUCGACGAAAAAACUGGUUAAAUAAAAUCCCACUGUUAGUUGACUGGCGACACGAGUAUUUAAAGAGAAAAAAAAAAAAACCGCACAUCGUAGUCGAGAAUGUUCAAUAAACUAUUGAGUAAUGUCCUUGUGUUAUCCAACGGAAUUUUAUUUGUUUACUAUUGUGGUUUACUAAAAAGUAAAAUGUUCUAUAGGUAAGCACUAUAGCUGCUGGUUUACACGAUUUUUAUCGAGUUCUUUAUUAUUCGGUUUUGGUAAUUUCUAUAAUGUAAAAUAUGUUGUAUGUGUUGGAAAAAAAAAUACAUUUAAAUUCUAUAACCAAUUGAUUGGCAAUGGCGAUUUAAUGAUCGAAAUGAGAAAUCUGAAUCGUAUAAAAUAAAAAUAAUUAAUAUCGUACGGGUAUUUAACAAAAAAAUAGCAUAAAUCGUGAGUUUUCGAUACGCGAUAAAAACUGAAUGUAUUUUAUAUUAAUUUAUACCGCGCGGCUAUUUACUUAUCGUUAAUACGAUUUUAUAAAAAUAAACACAUUUCUAAAAAGCAUAUGGUUAUUAUACCUAUAGGGUUUUGGUACUUACCAUUAUAAUGUACAGGCAGAUACUAUAGAUUAUAGUAGACUAAUAUUUCAAUUAGUUUUUGUUUUGUUGAGUUUAUUGCAUUGGUAAUAGAGAUGAACGUAGACGACUGCAGAUCAUAACGAAUUUUUUUUUAUGGGGGCGGGGAAUUAAAGGAUAAUAAAAUGCAUGGUAAUUUAAAAAAAAGAAAAACAAUCAAAUUGACAUUAGUUACGAAUAUAAUAAAAAUUGAUGGGCGACAGAUAGAUUAUCUGAAAAAAAAAAUAUUCAUUUUUAAAAACGUUUAACUGCUCCACUUAUAUUGAAUCUUUGGUAAAUACUUUAUCUGUGUAUGAUGUAUGUAUUUCUUUGAAAGUUAUAUAUGGUAAUAGUACACGGUGAUCGCGUCGAAAUAGAUCAAACGAGACUGGUGUGGUGUGCGAACAUGCGUUAAUGUAAGAACAUUAACUUUUGUUAAGGUUGUUUUUUUUUUGCGAAUUCCUUUCAGAAAACUAAACAAAUAUAAAUACGUUUUAAAUAUCUACGUAAAAUGUAAAUAUAAGUAUUUCUGUAGCUACUGUACUAAUGUACCUCAGGUAUUAUUUUACGGUUUUGUUUUUUUAAAUUUAUUUUAUAUGUGCGUUUAUACUCUUACGCUUAACAAAAUUGUAUAAUUCCUACGUAUUCUUAUAUAAUUUAAAGAAUGUAAAAAUAAAUGUCAACUCUAGAAAAACUGAUCGUACAGAGUUUAAAUUUUGAAGUUGGGGAACUGGGAGCACUUAUAUCCGGCCCUGUAGGAUGGACAUCAUGAACAGAUAUGGCAUGAAGAUACUUAAAUCCCCUUAAUUCGACCAAACAUAUCGCUCUUUUUUGUUUGUCGUCUUCUAUCUCAAAUUAUGUGAAAUAUUGUCAUAUUUGUCUCGACCGCUUGAUACGUGUCUAGCAUCAAUGAUGAUCCCUCUUAAUUUAAAUUUAAUUUUAAUAAUUUUUAAUUUAAAUUAAUACCCUGAGCACUUAUCUAUAUUUUCCGUUUUUUUGUUCAUUGUUCAACCUGCGAAACUAUUACUGUAAAUGCCGUUUGGCGUCUAGCAAAUAAAAUAAAUACGUAUAUUUGUACACUUUUACGUCCUUCUAGUAAUUUUUUCCCAAUUUAACUAUUACGUAUGCAAAAAAAAAAAAAAAAAAACACAUUUAACAUCACGUAUUAUUUUAUUGGUGAUAUUCGUACAUGUAAAUUCGAAAAUUUGCUACCUGCAGGGAGAAAUUAUUUCACGACGAUAUAUUUUCAUCAUUACGUAUUAUUGACUUUUAAAUACCUGUAUAUUCAGCCGGUGUUUUGCCACGGAAAUGGCGUAUUAUUACACUGUAAAGUGUACACUUAUAUUAUCUCUUUCGGCGGAUUUAUAAUGUAAUGUACGCGUCGGACUACAAGUCUCUGCAGCGGUAGUGCAUGCAUAGAGUGUAAUUGGAUUACCUAUAGGUAGUCUUAUGUAAAUGUUAGAAAGUGACGCCAUCCGCUUUAUGCACAUACCAACGACAAAACACGCGUGUUUAAUCGCUACCAUAGCGUAAUAUUAUUAGCAAUCCCAAUGUCAAAUUAAAAACGUAUUAUACAGGUACGAAUGAAUUUAAAAAAAAAAAAAUAAUAAUAAAAAUCGGGCGCGCAGCAAUAUAAUAUCACAGGUACCUGCAUAAUAAUAAUAUUUAUAAACGACGCGACCAGACGAAGUGAGAAAUUGAAAAGAAAUUUAAUUUCCUCGUACUCGUAUUCUAAUUUCGAUAUCUGUAAUUAUACAGUUGUUGAAUAAUAUUAUUAUUACACAAUAUGUUAUUAUAUAUAGAUCAUUCGUUCCGAUGAAAACUGGUCCGAUACAUUAAUAUUUAAUAAUAUGUACGCUGUAUAGGUACACGCCCACUCUUAAACUUAAUGUAUAAAUACACGAUGUGCCAUAACUAAUACAUAUAAACAUUUGUUUUUUUUUUUUUUCAAUAAACUGUAUACGUACAUCACCGAAAGAAACCUAAGCACAUUCAUAUUCAUUAUACGAUGUUAGUGGCGUAUAUUUUGAAUCGGCGAUGGGCGCUGCGUACGUUUUUGCUUGAAUCUCGGACGUAGUUAAUGGGGGUUUAAACAAUUAGACAAAUGUUUCAUUCAUUUACAUUUCAGUGCAAUAGCCUAAACAAAAAUCAAUAAAGAAAACUUAACAACGAAAUACAAAUAUAAUAUGUAAAAUGUCUUGGCAUAUUCUGUAAGUAUUUCAACCAUAUUUAUUGCAUCCCUCAUGACAGUUGCCUAGGAGAAUUUAAAGCGCAGACGGUAUUAUACCAUUGCCAUUAAUUUCUACUUUUUUAUAUACAUAUAUUGGUUAUGGCUAACCAUAUAUUUUCUGAUUAGUACUGCUCCUUAAAUACGUUUUUUAAUACGUUUCAGUAUAGAAAAUGGUUUUUUAGGAAAGAAAGAAAUAACUGGAAACGUAGUUAACACUCAAAUCGUAAAAUAGUACAAUCGUAAAUACAUACAUAAACACAUAAACACAUUCAGGGGAGGGGCGGUUAUAGCUAUAAUUCUAGACUGCGUCACUAUAUUGUGCAUUCCAACAGAAUAUCAUGUUUUAUAUCAUUUUAUAUAGGUACCUGUGUAUGAAAAAAAUUAUGAAAUUAUGAAAAAUAUACAAGUUACAUUAGUAUAAAAUAAGUUGGUAGUCAUUUUGCCGCGAAUUUUUCUACGGAUUAAUGAACACGUCCUUGAAGAACAUCGUCAAUCAGUAAAAGUACAUAAUUUAAGGAAAAAGGAAUACCCACAUUGCCUAUUAUUGUUUACACGAUUAGAGGUAAUCCGCUAGUUUUUUACAAUAUCACGCCUACUACCUAUGGGUUUCUUUACUACGCGGCUAUAUAAUAAUAAUAAUAAUAGGUUGGACGAUUGCACGCCGUCGUCGUGUUCGUGUGUACCCAGAGGACCCGGGUAGGUACACGAUAAAGCAACGGCGAUAUUAACGAAUUAUUAUCGUACACCUACCAGUCACGGCCGUGCUGCUAAAGUUCGAAAACCUUAUCACAUACUUACAUGUACAGCAUGGAUAGGUAAAUGUAUUUAUGUGUGCAAUAUAUAGGUUCGUGUUGCUCAAACCGAACAAUUAGAAAAUGAAACGGCGAUGGCCGUCGACGUUGGGAAACACCUAAAUAUUGGUUAAGCUUCUUGACGCAGCGCGUGUAAGUACGGCCAGUAGAUGUAACGACACUGUGUUAAUGUACGGUAAUAACAUUUGCAGAAAAAUUAGGUGCCUACGUUUUUGUUUGUACGUCAUCAAUAAUGACGGACGAAAAAAUAUUGCAUACAAUUCGUGUAUUUCUAAUACGUACCUAUAAGGAGAAGAUGUGGUGGUUUUUUUUUUUUUUGCUGUUCCGUUUUGUUCUGCGAAAACACUUUUUCGGUCAGCGAAAACGGGCUAAACGAAUUUAAAAUACGAGCAUUUUCAAUGACAACGUACAACAAAAUACGCACCCACGGUUUUGUAUACAGGCGCACAGAGAUCUUUAAUUUCGAAUUCAGACCGUCAUACAUUGAAUAUUAAACUCGUAUUACAACGUGUUUACACUCGAAUUUCGGAAUUUUUUCUUUACUGUUUUGGGUUUUCGGGUUCCCUCCGGUGGGUUUAAAUCACGGGAAUGAUUGGAAACUACUGCCCAGCCGUCUUACAUCUAACCAGUUAGGAAUUAUAGUUGACAGUUUUUCCCGGCCCGAACAACAAUAAUAUACCUAUGUAAUAUUAAGAACGCGUGUGUUUUUAAAUAAUAUCGUAUAAAUUCCAAAAUGUGUUCUCCUCUUGCGCAAAUACGCAAUAUUAUUCUAUGUGUGCGUGUUUAUAUAUAUUUAUAUUGUGUAGUUUUGAUUCUUUUUGUCGGUCACAUGUCACUGGCCAUACACAAUUACCGUUUGCCGGCCGUAUCGAAACGUUUCGUGUGUACCGGCACCUGCCACAGUGUUGUUUGGCGUGUGCGGGCCACUAUAAUAUCGGUACCUACCUUGCCAAGUCCGAUAAUUUCAAGUUAAUCUAAUAAUAAUACCUAAUGUUACAGGCGGCUCGUGCGUGGAUCCGCCGAACAGAAACUCUAUAAUUCGAGAGAAAACUGUACACUUUAUAAUAGGUAGGCGCGUACCUACGCAUAAUAUACUUAGUCGGACACGACCCGAGUCUGUUUCCGCAUUGUGAACGCAAGAAUAUUAUAGUAAACAAACGCCGAAACGAUUAUUGCAGUGGUGUACAAUAGUAAAAAAAACUGAGGAUUUAACGAACACGCGCAUGUCGAAUCUCUCCCGGUUGUGAUAUCAAACGUAGACGUAUAAUAUUAUCGCGCGAGUCUCGAAAUCAUAUUAUCAUAUUAUACAUCGAUCGAUCCGUAUUAUCACCGUAUGAUAAAUAUUAUCAUAAAUUAAAUGGUGUUUUGUGCAGAUUUGUUUUCUUUUCAAUAAGCCCCUCCCCCCAACAAUUAUGUACUUAUACUUGCAUAUAUUUAUAUUCGUGCAUAGCUCUGCAGCGGUAAACGCAUCUUCAGACGUUUUACGUAAGGUGUAAGUGUAAGGUGUGUGUGUUUUUUUUUCUUUUUCCGUUACGCAUCCUCUCCCGGGGGGGGNGGGGGGGGGGGGGGAACUGCGCCAACGGUGUUGUUGCGCGAUAAUAUUAUAAUACAUUUUCACGGUAGAAGUAUACGCAGGCACGGAAGCGAAUUUGCCAAACAAAAUCGCAUGUGUCUAUAUAUUAUUGUUUAUAAUUUCGUCUGUACACGCGCAGGUAACUCAUCCGGAACAAAUCGAAAUUUGUUUGUAUAUUUUAUUUUCGUUGCAUCAUAAGCACGUACAAAAAUCCGUCGUCGACACCUAUACAGCCCCACGGUUGCGGUUUAUCCGAGAAAUAUAACCGAACGAAUAUAAUAUUAUGCGUGCAGUGUGGACUGGAUUAAUGGAUCAUUGAUGUUCAUCAAUAAACUCAACCUAACCCAGUUAUACGCGAGCACUUUUGUGAACUCCGCCGGUCACAGAAUAAUGAAAAAAUAAGGGAAAACGUGUAUUAUGGUACGCAUUCAAAUUCCACCGGUCGCAAACCGUUGAUAAUGACCGAUGCGAUACGUUUAAAUUCCGUACGCGCCGAGAGAUACAAAUAAUAUUUAUAAUACUAUACGUAAAACGUGUACGCCGCGGGGAAAUUACAUCCCAGUUUCCGCGAUACAUUUCACUUGAACUUAAACGUAUAUACAUUCCGCAUGUUAAUUAAAGUAUUAUUAUUAUUAUUAUUAUCACUUAAGUGAUAGACGGCGGAUAUACAACUUUCUAAUAACAUAUAAUAUAGAUAGUGUUCGGUGCGAUGACGGUAAUCAAAAUAUAAACAAUUUAACGUAGGUAAUCGGAUUAUGUACAAAAAUAUUACGAUACGACUUUUAAACUUCAAUUAAGUAAGUAACCUACGUUAAUUGGAAAUAACUAUUUUUGUUAUUACUUACAUUACAUAAGACAAUUUCUCCUAUUAAUUCGGGUUUGAUACGAUACGUCGUAGUCGGUAUUAAAAGUGUCUACGUCACACUCGUGGAUUUUUGUUGUCUCCGUGUGUCUUACAUCAAACGCGCACACGACAUUACGCUUUUUUUUUCUCGAUAUUUUGUUUUUUCAAGCGAGAUGCAAUGAAAGUGUGUGAAAUAUCACGAUUUAAAAAUGUUUAUUAUAUUAUUUAUAUCUAGCUUAAAAGUUAGAACGUCGAAAAACACCCCGCGUAUAAACAUAGAUAAAAUGUUUUUAGUUAUAGGGUUGAAUAGUUUGAUAAGUUUUACUUAUAAGUCAAUUCACUCUAAUAUUACAACUGACGGUGAAAAAUUGGUUUUUUGUUAAACGCAAUUUGUUAUGUCUUGCUUUUUUUUUUUUUUGAAGACCGAGACAACAGUAAUGAUGCGUGUGUGAUGUCUUCUUAGUCGAAUAAAUAAUAAUAAUAAUAUUAUUAUUAUCGUAUUGAAUACUUGCUCGUAUUAUUUUUCUUUUAUAAUAUCAUAUCGUAUCUCAAUCAUAUCUCGACGAUUUUUUUUUUUUUUUUCGAUAAGUGUCAUCUAUGUCUAAUAUUAUAUUAUUAUUUUGGGUAAUUGGGUACAUCGUUUUAAACUUCUAUAGUGAUAUUAUUAUUAUGUCCUGAUAUCGUUUAAGUGUGUCGUCAAUAAAUUGAAUGUAUAUAGCUGGUAUCAAACGUCACAAAAGAGUUUUCACUAAGCCCUGAAUAGUUGUAGCGGUCUUAAAAAUAUCCGUUUACAUCGGGCGAUGACUCGUAUUAUUUUAUUAUUUUUGUUUAUGGUCAAAAUUAAUAUAUAUAAUUAAACAAUGGGGAAAUCGUGUGACACGGUUAUAAAAUAGUAAUUCCUCUGACUUAGUUUCGGUGUUAAAUUUCGGUCGAGAAUUGUAUGUAGUUUGAUUUUGAUUUGAUUAUUGGUUAUGGCCGACGAUCAUUUAUUAUACGCCAACGUAUACGUAUCUGAAAGACAAAGUUUUAUUUUCGUUAAAUGCAUAUAUAGGUAGGUACAAUAAAAAAUUGAAAAAUUGAAAGUUUUACGAAUUCGGCGAUUAUUUUGUUUCGCUUUGGCAUAAUUUAUUAUAAAAGUGUGGGUGAUUUGCUCUAUAUAAUUGUGUAGUAUUGUUCGUUAUUAUGGGAGUAUAAUUUUUUAUCAUAGCAGUUCUCGAGGUUGUUACGACGCAGUUUUAUACAAUACGAACCGUUCAAGUUUUGCAAAUAUUUUAUUGUUCUGAUACGAAAGAUAUUUAUGCGUCCUUAAUAUUGAUAGAAUACAUAUAUCGUCGGCAUAGAAUCAAAGGAAGUAAUUUUAACCAAUUUAUUCUUAUUAACCAAUAUUUAAUUGAAAUGUUUAUUUUCAUACUUGUAUACUUGACAUUUUGCAUUUUGUAUUUAGAUUUAACUCGUUAUUGUUAAAAAAAAAAGAAAAAGAAAAGAAGGUCUUGGUUUUAGAUUGGGUGAUGUAUCAUCCACAUCUCCCCCUUGAAAACGCCAUUGUUCCCGGGUAAUCUAUGGGUAUUGUGUAACGUACGGUAUUUCCGUGAACGUAUAUGCCUGUAACCACAAAACUGACUCCCAAAAUCUUUAGUAAUUAGCCUAACUAACCGAACGGCCAAGGGUAUCGGUACUUCACAAAACCAGACGACCGCAGAUUUCCGAGUACCAGUGGCGUGUUGAAUAUUUUUUUAUACUUACUAUUUGCAGAUGCGAAACGAACAAUUUAGGACCCACCCAGCAUAGAUUAUAAAUAACAAUUACAGCAAAAUUCGUAUUUAGUUAGGUUGGCUACAUAACCUAACAUAUUCAUAUACUCAGUAUUUAUUAUAUAGGUGUCAAUCGUCCGGAGAGUACUGUAGUUUACUAAGUAACCUCGUAUAAAACGUGUAAAACAUACACACACACAAAUUAAUAAAACACAUGCAAAUAUAGUAAUCUAAAAUAUAACACAAUUCAUUUGUUAGAUUCACGCCGAACUCAUUCUCCGAGUCUUCUAAACCUCGAAGUCUCGGAUACGAAUGAUAUUUUAAUAGAAUUUUUGUAUAGUAUCGUAAAUCAAUAUUAUUUUGUUAUCAAAAACGCAUCGACUCGUGACGGUGGCGCACAGCUACCGCCGUGUCUAGCGACCGCGUUUUACAACUUGCUGAUUUAACAUAAUAUUAUUUUAAUAUAAAAAUAUAAAUAUUGUCUCCCGGCUAUAUUGCAGUGUAUACCUAUUAAAUAUAUGAAUUGAUUUGAUGAAUUGGUACGAAUUGGUUUCGAUGAACUGUCAUUUUAAUAAUAAAACAGAAUUACAAGCCAACAACAAUUUCCAUUUCCAUUUUACAUUAGACACUUAUGGCUGUUUUGAAAACCUUUGAGACGACUAAAAACGGUUUCAGUCGUUAACAAAGAAUUGGUAUUUAGACCGAAAAGUCAGUACAAAACUUUAAAAUUAACGGAUUUUGAUUGGUAAACAAGUUCACUAUAGGUAUUGACGAUAUAUGAACAAUUAAUGAAAUCAUAAAUUAAAUGCGAUUAAAUUUAUUUUUACGCACGUAUAUAAUUAUUUUUAUCGGGAACCAAUUCGUAUAUAUUUUUUUUUUUUGACCCUGCAACCGAUUCCGUCGUAAUUCCCGCUCCCAUAAUGUUGAUAAUUAUUGAUUAUGCAAUGCGCAUGCACUAAGUGUUUAGUUGAUUAGGACUUGGUUCUUUGGGAAACGGCUUGGUUGUGUUUUUUUGGGGACUCAGCCCCCUGAUCCCCAUUAUUUUCGCCUAUGUUUAGAAUUAGUAUUGUGUUUGAGGAUCUCACAGCAGAAAAAAAAAAAUAAAAAAUAAUAAUAAUAAGCGUACUAAAUGGUGUGUUUAUUCGGAAUAAAUAUAAUAAUUAUGGUAUUAUGCCGAUGCGCAUGUUUAAAUUAUAAUAUUUUGUUUACGGUUCGGGGAUUGGGCAAUCGCGGUCGGCAGACUCGAUAAAAUAUUAUGUAUAUCCUAAACCGAUUAUAAUAAUUUGAACGUAAUUUUAUACACAAUAAAUCUCUGCGGACUUAUAGCGUGUGUAAAAAUAUACAAAAAUGUUUUGGAUUUUUUUUCGCUCGACCGUAUUCGUCUGCCGCGAAUGUAAUAAAAUAUUUAUGCGAACGAAACCAUAUACGACGUAUAUUACUGCAGGUAGUCGAUUUUCCAAAGAAAUAUAUUAAAAGUUAUUCGAUACAGCGAUUAUUUUUAUACAUAUAUAAAAAAAAAAAAAAAAAAACAACUAUAAAAUACGCGUAUAAAUAUUAUGUUAUGUUAUGAAAAAUGAAGAUUCAAAGUGUAAUGUUGGCGAUGUUCCUAUAAGUAUCUGCGCGUUAUAAUAUAAUAUUGUAUUAGACCGAUGACAUUAUUAUAAUAUUAUCGCUGUGGUAUUAUUAUUAUUUAGUUUUCGCCCUUGAAACACCUGCAUUACCACUAGGAACCGGUAUAGUUUUUAGGGCAUUAAAUUAUUAUGUAUAGGGCGAUUUUUUUCAUAUAAUAAUACGGAAUAUUUAUAAUUUGUUUUUAUGUCUAUACUUUCGAUUUUAAAAACGGAAUUAUAAUUAACUUACUUGUUGAACUAUACUCAAUUUAAAAUUUGUCCGGAACGUUUUCGGCGUGAUUUCGGUUCAUAACGAAUUUAAACUAUAAAAGGUUUUUCGAACCCCAGACUUGGGGUCUCAAAACUUACUUACCAUUAACGAGUUUUAUGCAGCCUCCACAACGGAGAUAAAUAAUGUGAAAAAAAAAAAACCGUAACGAUCGAUCGUACUUAAUAUCAUGUGUACGUGUUGCAGUGGUGGUGUUAGCGGUGAUGAUAGAGCGACCAAAAGAUAACCAACGAAAUCGACGAUUUCCAGUUCAAUAUUACUCUAAAUUCAAAAUUCACUCAUAAAACUAGUUUUUAUACUUUUGGCCUGUCAAGUGCUUUUAAUUUUUCACAUAGAUAUGAAUAAUUUGGAUAGGUACCCAUUCUUGGUUCAAAUCAUUUAAUUAAAAAAUUUAUAUUAUCGGUUCAAAAUUACACUCCUCUAAUAUUUGUUUUUUAACAGAAUACCUAUUACCUAUACAUAAUUCACAUUCGAAUAAAAAUAUCGCUUUCAUAACUUUUAAAUAUAUAUAUAUAUAUUUUCAAUAUUAAGUUUUUUAUACUAUUAUAUUAUUCUAUAAUAUUUUAUUGUUAUAUAAUUAAACACGUAUUUUUAUUAUGUUUUUAGCAUGGACCGCACACACACAUAUUUAUUAUAUAUAUAUAUAUAUUGCAAAGAUAAACCAUUGCUAACCAAAAGCGAUUCUGAGGAAAGUAUUAAUAGUCAUAUAUUUUCUCUUUUCGAUCAGAAAUCAAGAAAAAUUGACCGUUUUAACACUUAUUAAGUAAACAAAAAGAAAAAAAAAAAAGACAUUUUCAAUGCACCGACUAGAUUGGAAAUGCCACAAGUAAGUUCCUAUAAAGUCGUUUGAUUGGAACAAGAUUUCUGACCGAAAAGUUGCUUAAAAAUACAGUAAAAACCAUUCAAUUCCUCUGUUCACUCAGAAUCUAUUAUGAAAUCGUCUAACACGCGUGUUUAUUGAAUCUGUAUCUCUAGGUUAUAUAUUGGUAUAUGAUAGAAUGACAACUUUUCGUACCUAUAAAAAUGUGUUAACAAAUAUAAUUUUGUUUCCAUAUUAAUUUUUGCUCUAUAAAUUACACUGGUUACAAUCAACUACAUGUAAUGAAUAUUUUUUAUCGAUUAUAUUUUAUCGUUUCUUCGAUUCGCGGUUUGUAUUAUCCAAUCACCCGUGUAAUGUAUACAAUAAUCUGCUUGGCUGAACCUCGGAUGUACAUAAAUGACGUUGCAAACCCACAUGCAUUCAAAUAAUUUUUUUUUUGAAAACAAAAAACAAAUUUAUCGGUCAUUCGCCGAGUUGUGCACGAUAACACAACCGUCAGAGUAUUGAUUGUAAGUGUAGAUUCGUAAAUAGUUGUUGGGUUAACGUCCUCCCGACGGCAAAUAAUUUGGCAUCAAAUGUAGAGAUAAUGAGUAACACUCAUAAUAAUAUUGCAGAACUACUCUUAGAACUAUAGGUAAUUUCUUAAAUCUUAAUUGAAAAAAAUUAAAAAUGUAAUGUUUGGCAAAUGUUUAAUUACAUAAUACAAUUACUCUGAAAAAUAUUGCGCCUUAUUAAAAAUUAUAAUAAUAUUAAUAACAUAGCAAGAACUCUACCUAAAGUUUAACGUUGUUUUUCACUUGCGUCCUUUUUCGAUGGACGAAUUUACAUCGUAAAUUGGAAGUAUAGAUUUUAAAUUAUUAUCUUUAAGGUUAUAUACUCACAGAUGAUAAUCUCUUUUAGAUUUUUAGUGCAGCGAGGAACAUAUUGAAUUUUCUUUGAUGUAUUUUUGUUCCAUAUGUAAAUAAAUUUUCUACCAGAAAUCCUGUUCCAAUCUGAAAUUGUAACGUACCUUUUUUGAGAAAAAAUUGUGUCUAUUUAGUGAAACGUGGAUUGUGGAGAUGAUUUUUUUGAUUUUCCUUAUAAUUUUCUUUUUUAAUGGGGAAAAAACGUCAAUAUUUAAUAAAAUUAUAUAAUAAUAAUAGUUUCUGAUAGCUACUGUCAACAGUAUUCAGCUCUUUUCAUGUAUACUAUCCUCAAAAUCGUCCUAUAGUAUUAUAUUAAACGGCUUUGAUAAAUCACUUACGAUUUGAAUUUUUUUCGUUUCGCCAAGAUUUAUAUAUAAUUACUAUACGGCCAUCACGCCAUCAUAUUAUUAUUGUCAUUGUUCACGGCGGAGAGUAUAGUUAAUUUUUCAGUCAUAGUUUCUGGUACAAUACACCUGUAUAUUGUAUGCUUUGAAAUAAUAAAAUAAUUAUGGUAUCGCACAUAAACGCUUUUAGGACGAGACUUUAUGAAUCCGAGGUCACGUCUUUUGUAUGUUAAUGUGGCUAGGUAUUAACCGCGCGAGACAAAAUAUCAACAAUUACUUUCUAUGUAGGUACGCGUAUACCGUGUUUACUGACUUAUUGCAGUCAUCGCAACUGGUUUUGUGAUUAAGAUGUAUACACGAACAAUUAUUAUAAGUCAAACGACACGGCGACGACGUUGUAUAGUGGUUAACUAUUAUGUUAUUAUUGUUCUUCUUGCGGUUUAUAUUAUUGGUCGUCGACUAUCUGCAGUAUUCAUUGGUAUUAUUAUGAUUAUUAUUAUGAUAUGUAACAAAAAUAUAGGUCAAUUUCUGGAAAUAAAUCAAUAAAAAAAAAAAAUUAACAAUAUUAUGCAGAACGGGUCAUUCAAUUGAAUAUUACUGUAGCGCUGGAUAUAAUUUUUUUUUUUUUUUUAAAUUAUAAUAAUACGUAUUAUAUUAAAUUUACACUCUUUCAAUUCUGUCGGUUAUAUCUGCUAAUGUUUUAUUAUAACAAGGACGGAUAAUGGAAGUCUACAAUCACGUACUAUUAACAUGACAACAGAUUGUAAAUAUGGAAAAUUUAAAACAAAAUGUUCACAAAACAAAAUAUUAGUAUAAUACUAAUGAAUUUUUUCAACCGUUGCAACAGCUAUAACUCUAUGUAGAGAAGGAUGAUGUAAUUCCUAAAAUAUUAUAUCAGAGCAAAUUUAUUUCUAUCGAGAUUUUUUUUUCCUAUGUGUUUUAGUGUUCAGAUAUUAUUUAGGAACCUAGAGACGAAAAUAAGUGGUUAUUGGCGUUCGCGUUUUCAAUAAUAUAUAAUAACAAUGCGAUUGAAACCAAUUGGUAUACUAGCAAGUUUUUCAAAAAUAUUAGCAAGAAUGUUUUUUUUUUUAUUUUUUUAUUUCAAUUUUGUAUUUCAAUUAAAUUGGGUUUUUUUUUAUCUGUGGUGUAACCGAGGGAAACCAGAAAUAACAGAAAAAAAAAAUUCUGAAACUCAAAGUUUUGUGUAUUGGGUACCGAUGAAUAUAGAAAUCAAGUUUCUAGGUAUUCCGCUUAUAUUUAAAAUUUAGAUCUCUGAUUUGGGCUUGGAAUUUUGAUUUCGUUAACUUUUUAGCUUUUAACCAAAGUUUUUUUUCAUUCAACUCGAUCAAGUCAAUUAUUUGUUUCGCUAACUUGCCUCUCCUCUCAUUUCACCGUUGUUAAAAUCAAAAUAAAUGUUAUAAUUUUGACGGAGAGAAACGUCAUCGUCGUCGUAAUUUCCGUUCGGAUUGUUUAUGGCCGUUUAUACUAAUAAUUAUAACAACAAUAGCAAUUAUUAUUGUUGUUAUGACGCCUGCAUCUCCCAUGUAAUCGUGCGCGCCUUCACCAGUAAGCGUUUGGGAAAAAAAUAGUUCGAAAACCUUAAUUUGGGGCUGGUUUAGCGCAUCUCGACGGUAUCAUAAUAAUAUUAUAAUAAUUGAACAAUAAUACGCAGGCGCGUAUAUUAUGAAAAAUGAUAAUGUUAAACGAGUAUAGGUGAUUUUGACCGCCGUCAACGAUUGACUGAUCACACUAAGUGUAGGAAAAAAAUGAGCAUAUUAUUGUAUUUUUUUUCGUUCAUUCGGUAUAAUAUAAUAAUAAUAAUAAUAAUAAAAAUAAAAAUAUAUAUAAAAAAAAAUGCGAAACGGAUGGAUAUUUGAUAUUGGAUAUACGUGAUAUAGUGUAUGCACAGCGUGAUUAACAACGUAAGACGUAACUCGGAAAGUAUCACAGCGGUAUGGUCUACAGUAUGUUUUAAGUUUCGGUAGUGGAGUACUAUUCAAACGCCGCUCGCACGCCAUCGCACAAAUGAUGCACCACCGAACCGAAACUUAAAAGUCGAAUAUCUCGACAACGGGUUGACGGAAAUUAAAAAUGUCAACACCGAAAUUCAACUAAUAGUCCAUUUAUUUAUGGAGUUUUUAAAUAUAGGCUACUAUUUGAAAAUCGACAGUAGGUAAUGGGUUCACAGAAAAAUAACGGUGUUGAACCAUUUUAGAGCGACUUGUUUCUUACAAUUACUAAAAAAAAAAAAAAAAUUCUAAAAAAAAUAUUAACACUUUCUGUGAUAAUGAGUGUCUUACAUUAUGUUAAUCACUCUGUAUGAGUACCUACAUAAAUGUAAUAAUACGACGAAUAUAAUAUGAAUUAUAUGAUGUAAAUUAUUAUCAUUCCCGUUGUCGCUCACAGACGCUCGGAAUCUUCUUUACAAACACGCUAUAUUAUUAUACAAGGUGAUUGUUAUCAGGACCCGGUGAUUAUUUUACCCUCAUCCGUAUACACCAUAAUAUUUAUUGAAUGAUAAAAACAUAUGCAUCCGUAUCAAAUUCGAUUUUAAUUAAGAUCUUCUCAUAUUCAAUGUGCAGUGCCUACGAUAGCCUAUAUUUAUUAUAUUCCCUCAACCAAAUUAUGUUUAACUGUUACAAUAUUAUAUAGGUGAGUUAUAAACGGUUUCUAUAUCCGAUAUUUUAGACAAAUAUUUCCUGUUCGAAUGUGAGUUGAAAAAUGUGGGUCGAUAUUAUAGUAUUGCGUUUAUGCGGUAUUAUUAUUGGUAUACACAAUUAUCUACAAAACUAACGCAUUUUAUCAAUUUAUUAUUCUUAGGAUAUAUUAUAACCUUGAUUUCUCGGACGUAUAAAUAAAUACUCAAAUGACAUAUUUCUUAAGAAAUUAUCACACGAAUUGAUAUGACGUGACAUCAUCCUUUAAACGCUGUCUCCCGCGGUUUUGACGUUCACAUGUUGUUCGAACAUAAAAGAGAAAAAAAUGGUGUGAUAAUAUUUUAUCGAUUGGUAUUAGAAUUUCGCAAGAAAUAUCAUUUGACGAGUAGGUAUCUACCUAUAUUUUAGUGUUACAAAUUUUCGAGAAAAUGUUAUUCUAAAAUCGAAAUGAUAAAAUGCAGAUUUCGAAGAGAAGCAAAUAUUCCAAAAAUAUCUUUGUUCAGACACCCCACCGAGUGUAUAAUAGGUAUGCACCAAACAGACCCACAGUAUAAAGUCUAUUAAGAAAGAUUAUGCUUACUGUGUGUCCAAUAGAAAAUAAAUGGUAAAUUAAUGAAUUAGUAGAUUUUGUAAUAAAAUAUUUGAUUUCCAUAUGGGAAAUACUCUCACCGGUGAGGGGACGGCGUAACUGGGAACAUUGUAAAGGUCAACGGGAAGGUUUGGUCUAUCCGUUCGUGGGGCUUUUUCUCUAAGAGAGGGGGGUACGGACACGCAGUGGAUAUUCGCUAAAAAAAAAUGCCCCGAUACACGCGUUUACUAUAAUACAUAGUAUACAGGUACAUAGUAUCGUCGUUCAUUUCAGAAACGCUCUGUACACAUAGUACAGCGCGUAGCAUAAGUGUAGCUACACGCUCGGUCAUCGCUGCCAAUGACUCGUAAUUCAUAUAUUAUCGUUAGUAUAGGGUGUACGGUGGGAGCGACCACUGUGCACACGCAGUAGUUAUACGCUAAUGGACUUUGUUUGUCACGCGGCGGUCUUUUCCGCCGGUCUUCGUGGCGGCAUUUUGAUUACGCAUUCUGAUCGCGUAACGUCGUCGCGCUUAUAUUAUAUUGUACACAUCACGGCGUGCGAGCGGGGAAAUCGCCAUUGUUUCGCCCACUGCCGCCGUGAUGAGAAUUCCUUAAUGACUGUCCGCGGAUUUUUUUUUAUUUUUUUUUUUUUCCUAUCAUUUUCACGACGCGCUUUCUUUGCCCGCGUCCGUCCGAAAAAAAAAAAACACGUCUUCAUCGCGUCCGCAUCGACUCGGUAUAAUUUAAUAGUGAACAUAGGAGGUGGGUAGUGAAUAUUACACGUAAUAAUUUAUUUUAUAAUAUAUAAUAUAUAUAUACAGCGUAUAAUAUGUUACGUCCGACGACGAUAAGAUAUUGUAUUAUUAUUAUACCUAUACGUAUAGUCAGUAGGUAGGUAGUCGAGAGCGGACGUAUUAACGACGCACCGAGCGGUAUCAAAUGAUGAAUUGUAUUUCAUACUUAGAUACUAUAUGACCUCUUCAGGUAUAGUACCCUGCGGUUGCCGGGAAAACGACGAGAAAAUUGUAACCGUUGCGGUCUGAAGCAACACCUAUAAGUACAUCGAAACGAAAAAUCCGUCACUUCCAAACCCCAUGUUGCUUCAAAGAAGUAAUCGUUUUAAAAUUGAAAACCUAAAACCGUAACUCGUUGAUAAACCACGUCGAGUAGAUCACAUUUUGAAGUAGAAAAGUCACGUGGUGAGGCGAUAACACACAAGAACUAUAAUACAGUAUUAUGUGAAGGAACGGUUGGCAACAAUGAAAUAAGAAUAUCGUGCCUGGAUUUUUAUUAAUUUUCUGACAACUUGCAAUAUUCGGACUUCUUCCUCUUUGUCUUUCACCCGCUAGCUACUCUUAUUCUCGCCCUUGAAAUCACCAUGUCCAUCAACAUCCGUUCAUUCACUCUAUUCAUUGUGCUCUAUUUAAUGACCUCAAAUCACUUUUUCUUCGGCGCAUAUACUUCCUAGGCUCCCAUAGCUGUACUCAAUUGACUCAGAAAUUCUUGACUCUCUGAUCGAUCAUUUCUCCUUCUCUCGACGUUUUGCCUUCAUUUGAUCAUCAUUUAUCAUCUAAAUCACUCUCUCUAGUUUUUCUCCCAUAGACUACCUCUUAUAUUCAUAUUCAUUAUUAUUAAUCCUAUAUCCAGCUUGUCGCGGUCAUUCGUUUAGCCGUUUUCGUAUCUACUACUUUCGUUUUCUUUUUUUUUUUUAUUUUUAUAAAUUUCGUCUCUUUUAUAUAUUCAAAACGCCCAUAACGCUCGGGCCCAUUCAUCAUCACUGGCCUCACAACAGUUUAUAUAUAUUACGCCCGAACUUCUUUCUGUACUUGAUUUAUUAUAAUUUAAUAUAGGUACCUAUAUUGAUAUGUCCUAUGUGUACAUAAUAUUUUUACUUUCGACGUACGUGAUGUAUCUCUUUGUGUACAACUAUAUUAUAAUAAUAAUAUUAUGUAUACAUAGUACAAACGCUGACGGAUUUGUUUUGUUUUUUUUUUUGUUUCUAUCGUUACAAUUAACCUCGUUGUACCGUUUGACGGGAUAACCGAAUAACGAUGCGAGUUAAUUAACCCAAUAAUAAUAACCACGGCGAAAUAAAGACGAAUAACUCAACAACGAGACGCGCAUUAAUAAAAUAAUAUUAUUGUAACGACCGCGUGCCUGUCUAUACAGAGUUUAAUAUGUAAAUUAUUAUUACUAUAAUGCGUCCGUUGCCGUUGUCGUAUGACGGCGGCCUUGUCGUACGCAAACUUCCCGCGGUUCUAUCCCUCCCGUUGACAUAUCAUUAUUAUCAUUACUAUUAUUAUUAUUAUUAUUAUUAUUAUUAUUAUUAUUAUUCGGUAUUAUAAUUUCGUUCGGUUAUAAUAUAUUAUAAUGUAGGCGAAGAGGCGCGAAGAAGAAGGCGCGGAACAUCUCCUGUCGAGACUAUAAUAUACUCGAAGUCGUUAUAAAUAUACGGGUACAUACUAUGUCGUCGCCGGGCGUUGAAGUCACCCGUAUCGCGUUGUCGUCGUCGUCGUCCGCAUAUUAAAAUAAUAAAGUAAUUGGUACCGCGAACGAAAACUAUUAUAAUAAUAAUAUCCUCCGUACCUAACAUAAUAAUAUUAUAUUAUACGAAUAAUAACGAUCGUAAUAAUAUUUUUAUAUUAUAAUGGACGCGGUACGACUUCGGGUGUAUACGUAUGCGAUUCGAAAAUUCAGUUUGAAUAUUUAUGUAUAGAGCCGCGCGCGUGCACACAGGUGUUCGUCCACGUAUUAUGAUAUAGGCAUAUUAUAUUAUAAUAUGCGCGCGUUUCGUUGAUGCCGAAAACCGGUCACGGUGUCGAAAUACUACGCGGAAUAUCAUUAUACGGCACAGAAUCGUUCCCAAACAACGACGCCCACGGGCUCCUCGCAUCCGCGGCGGGUCCUCGGCCGGUCAUUCCUGCAGCCGUUGUACCUAAAUUACAUACAUACAGCUAGUAAUAAUAACUAGUAUAAAUUGCUCGUUAAUAUAUUAUGGUGCACGCGACUUCUUCGCCACUCUUCACGGUGGAUUAUUCGCGGCUAUAUAGGUGUACAGCUGCAGUCGGCCCGCAGAACCGACGCCCGAGUGCUGCACUCGCGAUGUUUAUCAAUCCGGCGAAUUAUUCGCGACCUGUCACGGUGCAGCUACCUAUUCCUGUCGGCGGCGUUGCGUCAUUCGUAUUCAUCGCGUGCGCGCGCGUACAUCCGCCGCCGAUUGCACAAAAACCCCCGCGAACAAUAUGUGAACGAGCUCUCGAUCAUUAUUAUCAUUGUUGUUGUUCGCCGGUAGUUUUGCUUUCUAACCUCAGACGAACGCCGUCGAUACUAUACAUACCUGUAUGACGGCAGGUAUACCUGUACAGGUAGUGUAGUAUAUUGUACACCACCAAAAGUUUCCGCGACGUCUCGCUGAUAAUGACGAUGCGUAUUAUAAUAUGUUAUGCGUUUACCGCGAGGAGUUAUAGACAUUUAUUUAUACGGGAAGGCGAAAAACGAGGAUGUUUAUACUUCCGUUUUCCUCGUCGUACGCGUAAACAGCGCGCGAUUUUUACUUCCCAUCGUGUUUCUGUACAAUAAACGUCAAACUAUACGAAAUCGUCAUUCCCUUCGGCUAUUCGAUCAAAAUUUAAACUUACGUCACGGUGUUUAUAUCGUAAAGUCUAACGUAUUAACAUCGGCCGAAAUACGAUAAUGAGAUGUAUAAUACAUAAUUUUUUAUAUUUCUAUAAAUGUAUUUAUGUUUUUUGCCAACAAUCUAUUUUAAUAAAAUAGUAUAUUACAGUGCCUUUUUUUCAAAUAAACAAUUUCGUUUGUUUUUCAAUCACACAAUAUAGCCGGCGGUGAAUAUACCUGUUGAAUUACGUCCGUUUUCGUCAAUAUUCGUAUCUAUCAAAAAAAGACGUAUACAGAUAAUAUACAAUAUAAUGAUAUUAUUAUUUGUCGAUGUCAGUUGUAGUAUGUAUACAACCAAGGAAGUCUGCUGCAGAUAUUAUUUGUACGUUGGCAUAAUAUUUUUAGCAGCAAAACCAUUGAUUGUCUUUGCACGUGACUAUAAUACUGAUAAUUGGAUACAUAGGUAUUAUGUUUUGAAGUUUCAAUACACAUUGUGGUUUUAAUGGGUUCCCCUCCUUUCGGACAUUAUAAGCAGGGUUUCCCUUUUAUCGCCAUCGUCGGCAGUCACGUUUGGAAACGAAAAAAAAAAAUUCGGUUAACUCGAUAAUUUACCAAUUAUUGUAACGCGAAACUAUGUAUACACACUAUACACAGUACAUACAUAAUAAUGUUAUGGUAUAUUCUAUACAAUGUAUACAUAAUAAGUAAUAAUUUAAGUAUAUAUACAUAAUCGAAAAACAAUUUUUCCAUGUCGUAUGUCCCCUGAUCGAUUUCUUGCGCAGUCGAUACACAAUAUAACAUACGCUCAAAGUUGACCUUAAAAUAACUCCAAGUACGUGAUAUCCAAAAUAUAGAAAUUAAAAAAAACCGGCUUAUAUUCGAAGCUCAAAAUUUCAGAUCUCUGCGAUAGGAAAAACGAUAUUCUUUAAAUGACGUAAUGAGACAAGAGUGUCGCCCCGAAUACGACAUACUAAAGUCACGUUAAUAUCGGCUGGAUCGAGUUAGGGAAAUAUACCAGGGAAAUUAAUGAAGCAACAUUUUUGCAAGAAGCGGAUAACCGCAAAUGUAAACGAAAAAAAAUGGUUAAAGCAAAACACAUAGGCCUGCGUGGCUUGUAUAGAAGUUAAACAAAAUUUAGAAUAAAUAAUCGCUUGUUCAAUAUCAGCAUAAUUACUAAUAAUAUUAUAAUAUGGUUCUUGCUGGUGAGAAAAUUUAAUUUCCAUUGUGCCAGACGAUAUUGUCAAUACGUUGUGUAGUCCGGUAGGGCAUAUUUUGGUGAACACCCACUGCGUGUCUAUUUCCCCACUCUUAAAAAAAAAAAACCGACGACAUUUUCAUUUUCUAGUGGACACACAAUAAACAAACGCUUACUCUUCUCGCUACUGGGUGACCAAUGAAUUUAACUGUAUGUCCAUUUGGAUACAAAUAACCUACCUUCUUAUAAAAAAAAGGCUCCACGAUUCAGGCAGAGCCAAACUAAUGAAAUCCUCGCUCGACCACGCGGAGACUAAAACAAAAAAAAAAAAAAAAAAAAAAAAAAAAAAAAAAAAAUAACCGUAUCGUAACAUAUUUUUCUUACCGCGAAUACGAAUAAUCGUCGUCGUCGUCGUCGUCGUAUGCAUCUGAUGGUACGAUGCAGGUGUAAAAUAAAUUAACAUCAUUUCUCCAUUGUUACGAACGAGAUAAUAAUAUUAUAAACAUCGCAGACCGGAGAAUUUAUUAUUAUUUUAUUCUUUUAUAUCUAGUUACGGCAUACACGCGCGGAUGAAAUGAGUACUGUAUAUACAUCGGCAUUUUUUUGUUUUGGCCAUACAUAGUAUUAUUAUCACUAUUGUUGUUACUUACUUAUAUCGUUUGCUCAUUUACUCAUUAGUCGUUAGUCGUGUAUAAUAAUAUUGUUGUUCGUUGAUUGGAAACUCGCGCAGAGAUACCUGCAUAGGCUGUUCCGAGAACUGCUGCAGUAACAAUAUAAUAUACUUACAUCAUACACACACACACACACACACACCUCUGGACGGGAAACCAAAUAAUUAAUCAAUUGACAGUUAACCUAUUGUCGCGGGCAGACAAUAAUAAAAAUACUAUGUUUUUCGGCUUUGGAGCCGACGACGAUUGUUGCUGCAAAGAAAACCGACGGAGACGAUAACGUUAAAAAAAAAAAAAAACAACGCCUAGGUAUUAUAAUUUAAUCUGUAUAUUAUUCAUAGAGCGAUUCUUUUAUUUAGAAUCCUCGAUGAUUUCAAGUCUAGGUGUGUAAAUUUCAAUUUCCAAACAAAAUAAACGUCUUAUUCUCGAAAGACAAAUAAUACUAAGACGAAUAUUGGCAGGAUAAAAAUGUUGCGGAUGAAUAGAGAAUCCGAAAAAAACAAUGAAUCCAGACAGUUAUAUCAGACGCCAGAUAUAAUCGGGGAAUUUAAGAAACGACGACUAUGGUGUGUUGGUUAUGUGUGUUGGAAAGAAUGAACACAAUACUAUAAUGUACUGUUCCGAGAGGAAAGACCUGUGGAGGGUUUUGCGUCUCAAGUUUUCCCUCGGUUCCAAAAUACUGACAUAAAUCAUAAAAAACCGAUGUUUGUAGUAAAUAAGAUUAUAUAUACAUUUUAAAUUAGUGUUAUCACUGUUAUCAGGAGAAAUGUGAUAUAAUAUAUAAUCAAAUACAUAGGUUACCAUUUGAAAAUCAAUAGUUGACAGUCGUUUCACUUCAAAAAAAAAAUAAGAGUGACAAAAAAUAAUGACGAUGUAACAUAUUAGCACUGCUUGUUUCUUAAAUGUUCAAAACAUUUUUUUUCUUUUGAAAAAAAUCUAUACUUUGAAAAAUAAUGAGUGUUCUACGAUAAAAGGAUCACUCUGUAUAAUUUGGAAAUAGAUGAAUUUCAUAUUCAUUUUCGUAGAGCAGAACUGCUGCAGUAAAUCCGAAUAAAUUAAAAACUUUGAUUGAAAAAUCAUGGUAAUAAAUGAUAAUAUUAUCACGCCUAUGUGCUCCGGAUAAAAACCAAAUUCAAAUUUUCCAUAAGGUCUCCUUACACGAUCCGUCAUAAAUUAAAAAUCGCUCUGUAUAAUAUAAUUCCUGUACAGCCGUUGUUGUUUAGUAUACUUUGUGCGUGUAAUGCGAACCGCUGCGUAUAAUAAUAUAUCACGCAGCCAAGUUUUACGUAAUGUCGCACCGUUACGAUGAUACGUACUGUUGUUAAUGGGGAAUAAUGAUAAUAUUUUAUGUUACUCACGCGUUUAAUAUAUUCUGUAGUCAUCGUUCUCUUAUGCCCACAACUCGACUACCUAUUGUGUUUCCGGUAAUCAUCAGAAAUACUCAUAUAUUUCGUACCUAUUUAGACACUUUCGCCGAAUAGUCCGUUCAUAGACAGCUAUUAACUAAUGGACAUCGUUUCCUCUCGCUCCCCGCCGAUCGGCCCGUCAAGACGAUUAUAUCAAACGCAUUAUAUAUGUACACGUAUGCGACAGAGAGAUGGGCCAGGCUAUGGUUUUUCUCUCUCGGUAUCUAUCUCGUAUAUCGUCGGUGCGGUCCCCAUAGAGAGGGGUUCGGUCACGUGUGGUAUACGCUGUUCAUUUGAUAACAGGUCUAUGGCCCGGACGUUCUCUUUUCAGUAUUUUCUCUCUUAAUAUACUCCACUAUAAAUUCUCGUUUUCAAUCGCUUACCCGGUUAUCUGCAGCGCUAUCCGUGCAUCCCUUUUGUAUAAUUUAAUUUCUAAAUUCCUUGUAACUAUUCUCAUUCACGUUUAUCAUGGUUUGUUUCCCGUACUCCAUUAUUAGUUUUCCUCUUCUGGUAUGACCUUCUACGUGACCUAAUACGAUCCGUUUCGUUAAUUUGUCAAAGAUCGUUUUGCCCCUUUUGAAAAUUAUUCUAUGCCAAAGUUCUCGUUUUCCCCCUAUUCGUUUCAGUAUUUCUUCAUUGUUUAUUCUUUCUGUCCGUUUAAUCUUAAACAUUUUUCGAUAUUACCAUAUUUUAAAAGCCUUACGUUUUCUCUUCUCUUAUUCGCUGUACCGAUCAUCCUGCAAGUUUCACACUCACUUUGUAUUCAUAAAAAAAAAAAAAAAAAAACCCACGGAAAUAAACAACAUUUUAAACCACUAAUGUUCAAAAUUCACGGGAUUUCACGCGAAUCUGCGGACGCUGCUGCACUUAAUCGUAGAUUUGAUCACGCCGAGUACCAAUAUAGUUUUCGAGAUUUUCUCAAUUUAUACAAUUAUUAAUAUUCAGCUGACAUUACAUAUUAUUCUCGUAUAAACAACUUCGUUUAAUUAAAGAUAACACGAUAUACUAUAGUAGCGCGCGGCGAACAUUUCGAAUUUAUUACAAAACAGUCACGACCAGUGACCAGAUGCGUAUAAACGAUAUCGCCGAUGAAUAAUUUACGAUUAUUAAUUUUCAAGGUUUAUAAAGUCUUUCUAAUAUUACAAUAAGGAAGACGUUAAAAAACGAAUCGGUUUUUUCUUAAGUGAAAACUUGCAACGAAUUGAAGAACGUGUUUGUGGAACAGAAAAAAAAAAAUCCAUUAUAAUCUUUGAGUUUUUAUUAUUUACAGUGUUGUUGGGAUCGACGACGGUUUGUAGAAAUUGUGUUUUUUUGUGUAUAAUUAAUAUAAUUUCUCUAUGAAAAUAAUAAUAUUUCACGUUUUCGUCGAAGAAAUCGUGUAAAGGUAUAUGAGAGGGGGAGGGGAAACGCCGAUUUUCUUCGCGUUCACAACACGUCGUCGUCAUCGUCGUCGUCCUAUAGGCCAGCCGCUGCUAUUUAUAUUAUCGUAUAGGUUUAUAAUAUACAAAUUUUUUUUUUUAUUUUUGUUGACAAACCGGAGACCUUUCUCCCGGGCCACGGCGCGCACUAUCUCUGGUCAUCGCGAUGGUCGUUCACCCGUGCGGCGUAUUAUAGAUAUUAUAUUAUUUUAUGCUAUUAUAAUAUUAUUUUAUAGCGGGUAUCGUAAAAUCGAUUAGCUGGUUAUUUCACCGCGGCCCCGCGCGCGUGUCGUAAUAAUCCGCGAGCGCGCAUACGCACACUCGUAGUCGACGACCACCUGUAACACGGGCCAAUAUUCGACGUCGUACACGAGGACGACUAUGCGCAGACUACUAAAAAAAAAAAUGUAUAAAAACGAAUAUAAUAAUAAUAAUAAUAAUAAUAUAUUAUUUGUAAACGAACGCGGACGAGAGAGAGAGUGAUGGCGUGUUUUCGUGGAAUAUUAUGUAUAUUUACUGGUGUACCUACGCGCGCGCCACCACGCCGGGUCUAGUCCGCGAGUCCACUUCUUCGAUAUACCAGAGCGGGUUUUUUUUUUUUACGAGACUCGUUUUUAAAACAAACACGCGAUCCGGACGCGAAACGAAUUUGUAUUUAUAUUUUUAAAUUUUUUUUUUUCCGACGUUUGAAAAAUAGUCUCAUCGGACAAGUAUUUAUCGCACAGCAGUAAAUGUACAUACCGGUAUAUAGGUACCAUAAGAUUGGUACCUAUAGGUGUACGCGAACGAUUGCGUGAUAUUGUAUUAAAACGAUGUUAUUUUAUUGUUAUGAACGGCGACCGGAAUUAUGUGCGCCGAAACCUAUCGAAAACUACACAUGGGUUUGCGAGGGUGUAUGAAAAACCCGUUCGUAUCUUGUCAAAACGCGUAAUCUGUGCGUACAAAUGACGGUUGAGAAGGAGGUUGAAAGUUGAAACCGCCACGAGGCACAUCCUUAAUACUUACACGCCGCACAGACAAAAUCGAAUCGCCCCGGCUUCAUUUGGGGGGGGGAGGUCUAUAAGAGGUUGUAAAGCCAAAAAAAUACCCUCCUCUCGCGACAACACGGUAGAGUUUAUAUUGGAAUUCAACCGACAUUUUAUUACUACAUUUCGUCUAUAUAAAACAAAAAAAAAAAAAAAACUCUAAUUCCUGGAUUUGAACUUUUUUGAUCCAAAGGGAGCAGCCGUUAAACGUGUCCGAACGUACCGGGAAAAAAGAUAUGCACCUAUGUUUGUAUGUGUUUGUAUUUUUUGGGGAAAAUCCGGUAAUCGGACAUUUUUGAAUUUACCAUGCGUCUGCGUUUCGAAUAUUUUCUCCGCGGGUAUCUCGCAGUCGAUUUCGUAAUGAUACACAACGUGUUUGUUUACCUUUUCCGUCUAUCGGUAUUCGUAUAUACUUUAUUGCAUUACGGGGUUAUACAUAAUUAUUAAUUCUGGUUCGCGUAUAACCACAAUAAUAUUAUGUGUACCGUGAACGCGGUCAAUAUAUUAUACGGUUAAGACCAAUAUAUAUAUAUAUAUAUAUCGGUAAUAUACAAUAAUCGAUCUGAUUACUAAAACGGCGGUGCGGUUGUAAAGAAAGGAAAAAAAAAAAAAAAACGGAAAAAUACGAAAAAUAAUAAUAAUAUAUUAUUAGCUAUUAACAAUCGCUCGGCGUAUUUAUUGGUAUCUACAAGUUAUUUGCCGUUAAAAAACGCGCUGCCGGUCCAAACUAUCCAUUAGUACGGCAACGCGCGGCCGCGGCCCGAACGGUAGCAAUGGAAUUAUUGCGAACGGUAUUGUGUUGUUAUUAUACUAUUCGGUACGGAAAAUGGCGACGAAAAAAAUAAAAAAAAAAAAUAAAUAAAUAAAUAAAAAUCGUACACACGUGUGUAACGCGAUAAAACGACACAUAAACGCGGCGUACGAAUUGCGGGUUCGCGUGACGCGCGCGCGCGCAGUGUUUACCCUAGUGUACGCGCGGCGGCCAAUAAUAACAAUCAUAACAACAAUAAUGUAUAUUAUAGAGAGAAAAAAAAAAAAAAAAAAAAUCAAAAUCGGAGCAAUAUUAUAAUGAUCUCCGUCCGCGUUGGGAAACGCGCCGGUAAAAUUAUACCGGGUCGUCUAUGCGCGUACACGCCCCCUGCUACACGUUUAAACGUACGGCGGGCGUCGGCGGCUUUUCGAUUGAUCGAAAUUAUUAAAAUUAUUCGUGUAAAACAAGGUCGGUAGCAUAAUAACCAACGCUGUUAUGUAUGCUCGGCGCACGGGUAACAGUCGUAUCGAUCGGACAAAUUGAUUGUUGACGCGGCGAGAGAGCGAGAGAGCGAGAGACAGCUGGUGUGACGUGUUUUUCGCGACGGCGGGUACGGUGACGCGCGGCCGCCGCGCAAUUCAAACUCGAAUUCGUACAAACGCUGACGAAUCGUUAUUAUAUUCGACGGCGGUUUGUUCUGUAACAUAAUUCUCGUGUAUCGUAACAGGGAUACUAUUAUACAUCGAUAUUAUUGGUGAAAACGCGUUGCAAAAUCGUCCGUCAAAAUAAUAAAAUGUGCGACAUUCGGUCGGCGCUGCCGCCCCAGUGUAUCUGUUGCAGUGCGAGUACGUGAAACGAUUUGCACGAGUUUAGUCCGCGCAGAGGUGCGCAUGUAUAAUAAUGUGCGGAUGCAAACGGCCCCGCAAAUGUCGGACCUUUCGCACGAAAAUCACGCGUACUCCGCCGUUCUGUUUGAUUGACGAGCGCUCGAUUUCGAUGGGUGUAGAGUGCUUGGCCGAUUAAUGGCGGGGCUAUAGCCGUUCCCUCAACCCUCCCCCCCUCCCUCAAGCCGCUUUAUUUUCGCCGACAGACGGGUUACGUCGAACCUUUUUGUUUACAAACUUGUUAAAAACUAACAGGAUUUCGUAUACAAAUGAGCAUUAUAAUAAUGCACUUUUUAAAUAAAAUAACCGUACGAUAUUUGAUUUCGAGUGGCCCGAGAAUCGGCAGUCUUCGAUUUGAUUUGACACAUAAGACCGUAGACCGGGAUUAGUUGUGUUCGGUGGGGUGACUUCGGCUCGAACGGUGCAAGAAACCGAUUAUUCGCGUGGAAUGUUCAAAGAGGUAUGUUGUAAAAUGUAUUUUUACGGUUAGAAAAGGUCGACAUACGCUUUAUUUCGGGAAGCUGGUUAAGCCCUAGUCGCUAAUAUAUACGACGUAUGUUAUAUUAAGACUGUAUUGUACACAUUUUGAGGAGAAAUAGGGAUGAUUAUUUGGAGGGGGGAAUAUGCUUCCUAUGAUCCCUGUAGUUACUAUAUGCUAAUACGAUGAUUUCUAAUUUUUUUUUAAAUAUAUUUUACUCCAAAAUUAAAAAGAACUUUUUUCAAAAUAGUUGUACAAGUUUCUGUUCAGAAGAUCUUGGAUUUUUAUAUUUUGCGAAAAAUUAUUAUGUUAUGUUCUGUCAAAAUUUAGUUUUUUAUAUUUGAUUGAUCCUUUUUUUUUUUUAGAUAAAAACCACCGUUGAUUUUAUAUAGACAAGUUAUUGUAUGCGAAUAGUCGCUAUCACAUCCGUGCAGUGUAGUUUCGUUAAUUUUCGUUAAUUUAAAAAAAAAAAAAAAAAUAAAAAAUGGUUAAAUUUAUCUUGUCAUAGGUAUAUAGAUGAGUGUAGCUCAACACCUCGAAUCACAUUACCUGUGACAGUCUUGAUAUUUUAACGUUUAUUUUUCGAAAUUCACUCAAGAAACGCGUUUUACGUAAAUUAAUUUAUUAAUUAUAACUUUAUUUUUUUUUUGUCAUUAUUAUUGUACGCUAUAAAGGUACCUAGAGGUACUCGUAUUAUAGUAUAGAUAAAUAAGUGCCUAAUAUUAUAAUAACACUGUGAUCUGUCGAUACGGUGUAUUCAAGGACGUUAAUCUAGAGCGUUUCGAAUCGAUCUAUCGGUCGCCCAAGUGUCAUGUUAAAAAAUAAUAAAUUCGAGAUAGGUAUAUAGGUAUUAGAGACAAUGUCGAAAGUAUAAUAAUAUAAACUAAUUUAUGCCUAGUCAUACGUAUCAAAAUCAAUUAAUCACCCCGACUUUUUAUAUUUUUUUAGAACCUAAAAUUUAAAUUAUAGUGCGUUAUAUAAAAAUGAUGAAAAAAAAUUAUAUAUUUCGAGUAUCUACUACAUAAUAAUAAUUCCGCAUUGUAUAAUAUUUCAGGGUAUUUUUUUUUAUAGCAUAUAUGUAAAAACAGUGGCGUGCAGACGAAUUUCGAUAAUAGUCAGACCUAGGCCGCCUUAAUUGAAAGCAUAAAGGCGAGUGGUAUUUCGUGUUAACAGUUUACUUAUAAUUUUACAAGUGAAGUUAAUCAUACAGAUUACAAAAAAAAAGAAUUUUAACGCUAGGUACUGACUCGCAGUAGUACCGAGUACAAUGGAGCUAUUAACACAUUUUCAACGAUUUUUCAAUGUUCAAAUAUUUAUAUAUGUUUUAUUUAUCAUCGCGAGGCAAUUUAUAUCGUUAUUGUAUAUUCAAAACCUAGUUUUCAAAAUUAAAAUCCGUUAAACCCAAAUCCUGCAGUUCCGUCUAGUUUUUCGGUCUAGUUAGCAAAUUGUUUUCAAACGGCUGCAAUCGUCAUUGGGUACGGAUUUCUACGCAGGUCUAAGUCUGUGAUGUAAAAUUUAAUGAAAAUUCCACGUUGUUGGUUUGUAAUUCUGGUUUUAAUAUUGAAAAAUGGACAGAUAUACUUCGCACGAUGGGUAGGCCACCACUGUUUCAGGUAAGAAAUUGGGCAGGUAGGAUGUAUAGAGGAAUUUAAUGUAUAUCUGUACGCAACGAUUAAUCAUUGCUAACGAAAAACGAUUCUGAAAUAUGUUUUGAAAAACCGUAAUAUUUACGAUUUUUGUUAACAUUUGAUAUUAAAGUAUUGUUAUAAAAAAAAUUCUGCAUUACACUCAAUUUUUUUUUUUUUUUAACACAAAGUGCGACUUAUAAUGAACUUCCUGUUGAAUUUUCAAGAAUUUCUGUUUGGUCCAUCAAUUUUAUCCAUAGAGUACCUAGCGAAUAAAAAUUGCGUUAAAAACUCGAAAAAUUAUGUCCUGGUUCUUUUUGUACGAGUAUAUUAUUUACGGAGUCGUUUAUAGGAGGUGGUUGGUUGUAAAAAAAUGAAUCUUAUCAUCUCACAUAUUAUAUCAUAGCCAAAGGGUUCUGCGUGCCAUCGAGCGUGUAAUAUACUCGUAAGUACACGAACAAAGUUGUUUAUUUUUUCAGACUUUUGAACAAAUUUAAUUUUAAUAAAAUACUAUACGCACUGUAUUAUAAUAUUAUGACAUUACGUUUUUCCUCGUCAUAUUUACGCAAAAAGUAAUUUCAACUGAAAUUUUUUGGAAAUUGGGUGUUUUAUAUAGUAUAACACGUCAUGAUGUCAUUUGGCGCAGCGUACACCAUUGAUAAUAAAAUUGUUUUCAUAUGUACUCGGGUAUUUUUUUUUCCAAUAUAUUAAGAAGAGUAAUGGAUUUUCUCUCGAAUUUGUACAAAGUCACUAUUGCAUUAUCAUAAUGGUGUUCACUAAUACUUGCAUAGUAUUUUACGUGACCGCUGAAAACAAACUUUCUAAGUGUACAGGACCUAUAGGUAUAUUAUAUUCCUUUUCUGCAUCGGCGUCAACGGCCGAUUCUUAUAAACGCGCAUAGUAUUUAUUUACGUCCCGUAUUUGGAGUUGACGUGUGUAACAAACGAAUGAGAAAUCAUCGUUACGCAACUUUAUUUUGAAUAUUAUUUUUCGUGAUGUUUUGUAGCGAAAUAAAUGCAUGUAUUUUAGAAUUAUUAUUAUCACUGUGGGCCCGCGCGGUGACGAACAAUUUCGCCGACUCUGUGCAACGUUUUGUUUGUUCUCACUCCCCAUCCCCACGUCAUUCGACUCUAUAAACCUCUAUACAGCCUGUAAUAUGUAAUGGUGAUAGUUUACGAUGAAUCGUUAAACGCGCGUACUUUUUGUACGGAAUUGCUUAGACGAACUGCGCGGAUGAAUUGUACAGGUUAUUCGGUUUUCACGUAUAUGUUGUGCGUAGCACGAGGGGGUGAAAAGCCUGGACGAUUUGUGAACUACUGCAGUGUUUGUAUGUAAAAAAGCCAAAAAAAAAAAAAUCAAAAAUAAAAUCGUUUGCAUAUUUUGUGGUUUGAAGAUAAUAAUCUCUAUUAUUCAGCGUAUUUUCGUGUAUAAAAACAUAUUUUUAUAUUACCUGUGUUUAUUUUCAGGGGUUUAAGCACAUGUGUGCAACAUAAUUUUCGCAUUAAUUAAUGUAAUAUAAACUUCAUAUUUUGACUUUUUUUCGAAAUUAAAAAUCCGUACUAUUUAUUAUAAUAUGGUUUUUACGAAAAAAAAAAAAAAAAAAACAAAACGAUUACAAUUUGAAACGUUAUAAUUGAGCCCUAGUAUAAUAUUAAAGUAACAAUUGAAAACGGUUUUGAAUUUCGUUGUAUAUAAAAUCAACUAUUUACAGUUGGUUUUCAUAAAUAUCCAUAGUUAAUAGCCGAUUAGGUCGAAGACUAACGAUUAUAUUCUAAUUUACUUUUACGAUUCCGAAAUAUAUUUACUAGGUGUAAACAAUGAACGUUAAAGUUUUUUUUUUUCAGCUAAAAAUAUAAUUUUUUUUUAUUCUGUCUUUUCAACUUCUUGAACUUCUAUUACGGUUUACGAAGGACAAUCACUGCCGCUAUAAUAUUCAUUUUUUAAUAUCUGUCACUAAUAUCCAUGUUAAUCCGUAUAUUUUUAUUUUCCGAGUGCAUUAUUUGUUUAAAUCGUCUUUAACACUGUUUUUCCGACGCUGUAACAUAGGGAAGGGGCGGCCCCUGGGUCUUUUUCGAUACACGUCUUUCGUAUAACCAGGGUUUUCUUCAAAAUGUCAUUCGAUCUCUGAAUAUGACCGCUGCUCGCCUGCUCCUCACUCGAGUCAUUUGUGCAUACGAUCAAUACAUCGGGUUUUCGGUACAGAUUUUCAUGGCACAUUUUUGUUUAUAGUAUGUUCUUCUCUCGUAUACCAGAUACUUACAUACUUAAUUUUAUGAAGUUGGUCCGAAAAUCCUGUCCGUAGUAUUAAAAUUACGCGUAACAUGAAUAUUAUAAAAGUGUCGACGAACUGACUAUAAGGUGUGCACUGUAAUAUGUAUCGCUAGUUACGUAAACAAUUUCCAAGAAGGAAGUCGUUAAAAAUGUUAAAAUCCUAUGGUGUGCGCUGUCUAAAUACUCGAGCGAGACGACGUCCGUUUUGGGCCCGCGUCCUCCUAAACAUUACACUGAUUGGACCGUACACGCAGUUCCCUCUUAGUAAUUUAAAUCCGGUUUGUCUGUUCUUGUGCUGCGUAUGAUGACAAUAAUACUAUAUGCUCGUGUUUUUGACCUGGAAAAGAAGAUAUUACGACCGGGCAUGCGGUUUUUUUCCCAUUUUCUAUACAUCUAUACGUAAAUGAAAAGAACCGGUGGGUGUAAAGUUUUUUUUUUUUUAUACAGGUACAAAUAUUUAUAUACUUUCUAUAUCUGUAUGCGAAGGAAAAAAAAAAUAAGAAGCAGUUCGCGGGAGAAAGUGACGCAAACCGGUCGCGGUAGGUGCGGGGACCUAUACCUCGACUUACGGUUGGGCGUCACUGUAUUUUAUUAUUAUUAUUAUUAUUAUUAUUAUCAUCUGGCCGACAGUUGACCAACUAAUACAGUUUAAUUUUACAAUGUAGGUACACAUGCAUUAAAAUAUUUUAAAUCGUUUACAUUCCGCGCGCAAUAAUCGCGGUUUUAAACGAUUAGGUACAUCAUGAUGGUAAAUCCGAAACGAAGUUUACAUCGUUUUAGAAUAAAAUAUAACGGACGUAAAAAUAAUACUAUAAACAUUAAGUUUUACUAAGCGCAUUAUUAAGCGAAGCGCGGAAUAUAUUGGUUCUAACGUGUUGUGCUAAAAUGUUUGAAAAUUCCAUACGAAGUUCACUAUAAGCUGAACUUAGUGGUGAAUAAAAGAAAGUCGAGUCUAAUUUAAUAGGCAGUUUUUUUGUUUGUUUCAUGUAAUCGUUUGAAUUCAAAUUUUGACGUAAAUCGUAGUGAUCACGGCAUUUCAAAACAUUUUUAAACGAAUGUCGCUCAAAAUCGUUUUUCGUUAUAAAUGAUUAAUAAACAGGCAUCGUUAAAAUAAAUCUAUGUAUACUACCUUCCCAACUUCUCACCUAAAAUAGUGGGACACCCGUCAACUAUUUUUUAUUUAUUAAUUCUUCUAAUUUUCGUGUCGUGACUAAUCGUUUAAGUGCGCGUAGAACUUCUUUAAAUUAAAAUUUGCUAAAAAUCAUUCGCGCACACCCAAGACGGGUUAUUGUUGUGGUUUUUUUGUUUCACGCACAAUGAAUACAUGAAGCUACAUUUUGAUGUACUCAAUAAUACUUAGGGCAAAAAAAAAAUAUUAAUGUACAUUAUAAUGUAUAUAAUAAUGAUAUUAUAUUAAUUAAAAUUAUAUUAUAUUAUAUAAAUAUUAAAAUAAUGAUUUUUGAAUAGAAUUAGUAGAUUAGAUAUUAUAAGUUUUUUUUAUUCUUUCUAUGAUUUCAGAUGAUUUGGUGGUCGUUGUUCCUACUAGUGUGCCAACGGAAGACGUCCGUCCUUUGGUCGACCAUCGCCGGCAACGCAAUGUGACGCGGUUAAUCGGAGCACUCAGGAGAACGUCAAUACCGCCGAACAACUCGGCCGGUUCGACGCCGCCGUUAGAAACGCCCGAAAAUGCUGAACUGUCAGCUUCCAUGGCGCGGGUCAAGAAAAAAAUUAAACACAAGCGAAUGUGGGACGAACCGGAAGCACAAGCGUCCGAAGUUCAAAACACCACUUCCAAGAGGCCGGAUCGGAUCAAGACCCGUAGACGGUUGAUACCGCCGUCGUCCACCAGUACGGCGAGGGCGCUUCGGACGGCUGUGGUGCUGCAAGAAGACCCGUAUUACGAUUUCGGGAAAAAACUCAAGCACCACCCUUCGUCGUCCACGGCCGGGCUAAACGUGCUGCAGGACAUGGAAACGAGGACGUCGGUGAAGUCGCCGAUAAUAGUGGCCACGACCGAAGAGGACAGUUCUGCGGGUGUCGCGGAAGUAGACCAAGACAAAUUAGCCGCCGCUACUGUCGCCGCCGUCGUUGUCGAACGGAACAACACCCCAAGACCGACUAGGACGCAACUGAGCCGCAAUCACACAUCCAACGGCUACAGACGACUCGAGAACCCGCAGUCCGUGGAAUGCGUUUAUCCCAGAUUCACCAGGAGGAAUAAAUCGCGGUCCCAAAGAGACGUCAAAUGUUUACCGCCCGCAUCAUCGGCAGCGGCGGCGACGGGAGCGGAACCCGACGCGAGGACGACGAGAAUACUGUCGACCGUCGUCACUUCAGUGUCGUCCGUAAAAGGCAACCAGAAGAAAAACGACACUCGCGAACCGGCGGCUUUAUACAACUCGACCGCGGCGUCGACGGCGACGACGACUAACGGAGAAUAUCCGUCCAGUAUUUCUACGGCCGGCACCGUAUCGUCGACUACCGCGGUGUAUCCGGAGCCCGUAUCGGGUUAUCCCAAAUAUCUUCGAAAUCGAUACAGAAACAUAUCGUUGCCCGAAUAUCUAGAAAUCACCAAAGUAAACCAGAGACGGUUGAACAGCACGACCGCGGCGUCGACGGCGGUCACUGCGGAAUCUGCUCAGCCCUCGACGUCCAACGACGUAACGUUGUCGACCGCGUCGUUGCCGUCGUCUUCCCCCGUCGUCGUUAUCGAUAGCACAGAACCGGUAGACAUUUUCACAACGAGCGACAAGCCAUUGACCGACGCUCCCUAUUCGCCGCCCACCGAUAUACAGGACUUUAUUUAUUUGAAUAACGGGACGUCGGAAACGCCGGCCGAUACCACCGUGAACGGAGCGGUGGAAGCGAGACAGAGGAGGCCGCCGCUCGUCAGGAAUAUCACCAGAAUGUCGACCGAACACGACGUGGGCGUGGUGUACCCGGACGGGUUGGCCACUUCCACGUAUUUGUUGACAUUUUUGGCCAUCGUGCCGCUGGUGUUGGUGAUCGUGUUCGCGUUUAAACUGGCCGUCCAACGGAAGAAGAAAAAGGUGUUCGACAGUUCGGAGUAUUCGUCCGAGUACAACCGUAGCCCGUUGGACUUUAACACGAUAACUUCCUCGCCGAUCACCACGAAACUCCCCAGAGUUUCGCAACACAUCGUCUGGGACGCCAACGAGAAAUCGUUGUCGACGUCUGUCGUGCCGUUGCCGAGCAACAGCCGGUGGGAAUUCCCGCGGGAAAAGUUACGGCUCCAGACCAUUUUGGGCCAGGGAAAUUUCGGUCAGGUGUGGAAAGCCGAGGCGGACGACAUCAGCGGGCACGAGGGUCUCACCAGGCUGGUGGCCGUGAAAAUGGUCAAAGAAGACGCGGCUUCUCGGGAGCGCGAAGAUCUGAUCCGGGAGCUCAGUAUUAUGCAACAUCUCGGGUCACAUCCGAACGUCGUCACGUUGCUGGGAUGCUGCACGGAGAAAGGUACUCAUACCUAUUUAACGCAGAUACAUUUAUACAUAUUUAUAAGCAUGUUCGCCCCAGUUAAUUAAUAAUUUUUAAUUAGUUUAAAUUCGGUUAUUUUAGGAAAAAAAUAACCAAGCCAAUUUACUUUAAAAAUAUAAAUGAAUUUUUUGAGUAUCUAAGUUUAAAUUUCAAAUUUUCAAGUAAAUUAUAACUCAAGUUAAAAGUUACAUUUUUAAAAAUAACCGGCUACGAUGACGUUGAAUGAUGCAACGACAAAUAUUGUGUAAUAUUAGUGUUGGUUAGCCUUAGGAAAUAAUAAUUAGACGUAGUGUUCAGGUGGCUUUUAUGUGGUAGGCUAAGUUAUUGAUACUGAAAAUAUAAAUAGGUAAGUGACGAACGAUUCAGGGAGUCCGUCCGGCGGCACCACACGGCGCCGUGCAGGAUGUUGUUUUGUUUUGAAAUAAAUUUUAAUUCUAUGCCAUUUUUGGUAUAUGAAUUGACCUUGUGUUAAAGUGAUAUAUUUUAUCCAGUGCGACGUACACGAUUAAGUGAACUCAAACACCGAAAACCAAAUAGAAUACAACUUUAUUUAAAAACAAAACAACGUCCUGCACGGUGCCAUUAAUAAAAUGUAUUUUGUACCUUGUAGUACCUAUUCGUCGAAUGAAAAAUUGUUUUAGCCCUACACGAUUCGUGUGAGUAUCUCAUAGGCCACAUGCGAUGAUAAUGAUGUUGAUAUUCACAAUUUCUGUAAAAAUACGCGAUUUUCGUUGAAAGAGAAACACACGAAACAUAGGUGCACAGUUUUUUGUCUGUACAAAAUGUUCGUAAAUAACUUUUAAGAAGCAACUUCAAUUUUAAUAAAAUAACUAAGUGAAGUUAAAAUUAUCUGUUAAACCGAGUUAUUUUUUGAUGUUCGGUUUUGAUUUUUUUUAUUUAGCGAAGUUUAAAGUUCUCAAAAAAAGUAGCCUAUAACUUAACUUUUGAAUUUUUAUCUACGAAUUGUUGCUCAGGUUUGAUUAUAGAUAGGUAUAUCAACCAUAUUAUUAUAAUCAUUUUAUUAUCAUUGCGAUACGUUUUACAGAACCGUAUUUACUGAUCAUGGAGUACGUAAUGUAUGGUAAACUGCUGGCGUUCCUCAGAGACCGGCGGACACGAUCGCAUUAUUUCAAUUUUAGCGAUUCGACCGCUUCGCUUACGUCUAGAGAUUUGACUGUGUUCGCUUAUUGCGUAGCAAGAGGAAUGGAUUUUCUGGUGUCGAAAAAAGUAAGAAUAAUAAAUUAAUAUCUAACAAAACAUUAGAUUCUAUGCUUAUUUUUAUUUUUAUUUUUUUGUGUCUGUGUACAAACUUUCUACCAGAAAUUCUGCUUUAACCAAAAAAAAGACAAGAUGGUUUUCUUGCAGAAUUUCGGAUCUGUUUGGUCCAUUUGAUUUUCUUUGCAAUUUUCUGAAUAAUCGGGAAAAACCGGAGCAAAUUUACGUCAUUAAGAGGACGCUACACAUGCGUGCUUUUUCCGUCUUACAAACGCACGAUGUAAUUAAAACAUGCUUACGCAGACUACACAGAACUCGCUUAAUUUCGGUUUUAGAGUAAAAACUCCCAUUAUAAAAUGAAAAGAGAACAAUAUUCCGGAGGUCAAGAUAUGUUACAUUUAUGCCGAUUUUCUCCGAAUAUAACAGUCAAUUUACCGUUUAUAAAUAACAACUUAUCCAACAUUUUUUAAUUCACUAAAACUUUUGUAAAACAAAAUGUUUCCGAAAAAAAAAAACGCAACCUCUUUUCCUCCGUAAUAUUAUUCUAAAUUAAUUUCAUAAUAGGUGCUUUUACUCUAAAACCAAAACUAAGCGAGUUCUGUGUGAUCUGCUUGUGCAUAAUUUUUCAAUAUCGCGUGUUCUUGAAACGGGAACAACAAACGGGUCCGCUUAACAAUUUAAUUACUUUUAAUUUUGUAUUUUUAUAUGUUUUUUUUUUCUAACCUAAUUCUGUUAAAAGUAUUCUUAAGGACUUGAAUUUUUUUCAUAGAUGUCUUGUAUUGGGAUUUUCUACACGUGGUAACAUUUUAAAAACAUUCUGGUGACUUUUGUGCUAUUUUUAGGCAUUUGAUAUUUUCUAGUUUUUAUUUGAUAGGUAUUAUGUGAAUACAAUGGUUUGGCCGAAUAGAAAAGUUUAAAACACGAGGUUCAUUGUAAAAUGUACUCGGUUGUCAAAUUUAAGCUAAAUGUAGUAGCUUUAUAAGUGUUUAAGCUAAAAUGUGUACGAAAAUUUUAAGCAUCACGAGAUUUAAAAACCUGUUUAACUGGAAUUCGCUCAGAAUCGUAUUUCGUUAACAAUGAUUUGUCGUUGCAUAGUGCAUACAGAUACAAAUAAAAUAACUUUAUGUAUCUUACCUUUCCAAUACCUUUUAUCUAAAACAGUGGCACAUCCAUCAGCAGUAUAAAAUCUUUAUAAAUUAUUUAUUAUAUUAUGAAAUAUUUAUGAACUGAAAAUUAUUUUAAUGUGUUCAGCAUUGGAUUUUAUAAGCUAUAAAUAUGAUUAGUAUGCGGAGUGAAGGAGAUAUUUUAAUAUUUUAUAUUCACACGCAUCGCACACUCAUCUAAGCUAAAUUUUUUCAACACUUUCGGUCAUUAUAUUAUUUUUAGGAAACUGAAUAAUAUAAAUAGUUAUCCGUUCAAGUUGUAGAAAAUACAAUUAUUUUUUAACGCCGAGGAGAAUAUCCCGUUAUAAAAUGUGAAAUAUAAAACAGACAAAAAAAUAUUAUUAUGUAGUAGUUUUUUUUCUGUAAAUCAUAUAUGCCCCUCGAAUAGCGAUACAAAUUUAGGUAUGAUGUACAAUAUAAAUAUCCUGUAAGAAUUGAACACGAUUAAAACGAAUUAUUUAUAGAUUGUACACCGGGACUUGGCUGCAAGAAAUAUAUUGGUCGAUCACAAUAAACUGUGUAAAAUAGCCGAUUUCGGUAUGUCCCGAAACGUCCGUGACACCAAUCAGAUUUACGAGCAGAGGCACACCAAGGUACGACGACUUUCGAGCUUUGAAUAUAAUAAAUGAUUGUAUUCCGUUUACUUAUGUAAAAACAAUUAUUAUUAUUUUUAUUUACAGGGUGCACUACCUAUCCGUUGGAUGGCGCCGGAGUCGUUGCACUAUAGCAUAUUCACAUACAAGACUGACGUGUGGAGUUUCGGUGUGUUAAUGUGGGAAAUCGUCACUCUAGGUGAGCAUAUUUAUAUUGACUGUAAUGGUUAACGUGUAACAUUAAACCGUUCGUGGAUAAUUCAUGAUAAUUUUUAUAAGUAUAGAUGUGGCCUAUAGGUGUCGGAUAAGUAUGGAAGAACCAAAACUUCAGAUCUGCAAAAAAUGUGUAAGAAAGUAUUGAAAUGCGUAAAAUGAAGCCUCUAUGCCUAGGUCAGGUUAAGUUAGGUUACUCUCUCAUAGAUGUAGGUAGAUAGGAUGUUUUUUUUUUAAAGAUUAUACUUGAAUUAUUGAAUUGAACUUAAUUUAAGUAUGUUAUAAAUGUAAAGUUUAAUGGUCAUAAUCAUACGUCACAAGUAUGUUUAAAGGAAAAUAGCUAUCUAUAGUGUCCAAUUGUAGCCUGUAGGCAUAGACGUCAUUACGAGGUAGAAAUGGGUAGCAACUGCUACCCCACUAUUUUUAUCGGGGUUAUGUAUUAUUAGCUACGCUACUUUAAGAGUAAUUUUUAAAAAAGUAUACAAUUUUUGGUUUUUUUUUUUUUUUUAUAAUAUUAUCACUCUAAUGUAAUGAUUACACUAUCGGCCAUAUUGAAUUUGAACGUGUAUACAAAUCAGCCAACUAUAACUUAUAUUUAUUCGAUAUUUUUCUAUCUAAUUCUAAUUAACAAUUGGUUAGAAGCUAUUGGUGAUCCGUUGAUUAAUGAAGUGCUCUCACUUUAUUUGACCACAACCGAAUUAAAAAUAUUAUUCAAGAGGCUUGCUAUCCCGUGAUUUUACUUCAAACGACACCUAUAAUUGUAGAUAUAGGCGUUUAAACCCUCAAGUCGGUGGUAUUCAAACUUUUCAAGCAGAGAACUACUUAUUUCACAAACAUCUCGUGGAUAGCACAUAUAAUGUACAAAAUUACAGUUUUGCAAAUUAGUUUCACAGACCGAGAGUUGAAGAUUUCUGCCAUAGUUUUCAUAAUUUUCACCAAGGGUAUGUAAAUAGGUAUUGUUAGAUUCUUCAUGUCACUAUCAGAAUCCAUAAUUCACGUUUUGAUACGAAAUUGCGCUGAAAAGUGCCAAGAAUUUGAUGUCCAGGGGUGUAAAAUAAUUCUUAAAUAUGGCGCUGUCAUAGGUAGUAGGCGUGUUUUGGUGAUUCAUUUUUUUUGGUAAAUAGUUUGCUGCACUGUUUACUGUUAUUUGCUAUUUGGUUGAAAUAUCGCCAAACCGUUUUAUUUACUGUUUAGUAUUUUACCAAUGAAUAAUCAGUACCUUAUCGAAACAGUAGGCCUAGUUUUCCAUUGUUGGCUGAUUCCGACAACCCGGUUGUAAAAAAGUACAUUCAAUUAUCAAAUAAUAUUCUGCUUCUUCUUCCUCUUCUCUUUUUCCGUCAUUCCAACUAUUUGGGGUCGGCUACCCUCGCCAUAAAUGUCCAUAUCAUCCUCAUCUACACCGACCGUUUUUAUAUUAUUCUCAAUCUCAUCCAACUACUUUUUUUUCGGCCUUUUUUCCAUUUUUCUCCUUACGUUUAUUUUCGUCACCAUUCUUACUGUUUCCUAUUCCCCCUUCCUCAUGACGUGUUCAAAUCAUCGCGUUCUAUUUUCUCUUAUUUUGCAGUAGACAAUAAUAUCGCCAAAACAUUUUUUUUUUUUUUUUCACUAAAACUAUAUUAACCAUGUCCCCCAAAACUAUGUCACCAAAACGCACCUAUUAUAAUCACAAUCAUCGUUUUAAAUGUGUUAUGUUAUGUUUUCCAGGAUCGACCCCUUACUGCACGAUGGGCGCACGUGAAGUGAUGAGACGCGUCCGGGAAGGCUAUAGACUCGACAAACCGGCGCACUGCCGUUCUGAAUUGUUCAAGGUGAUCACCAAGUGUUGGACGGCCGACCCAUCCAAGCGGCCCACGUUCGCCGAGCUAAAACAGGAGCUGGGCGCCCUUUUGGAAAACCCCGAGUUCGAAGGCAGUUACGUGGACUUGGAGAGUCUCGUCGACGAGUCCGACGGCAACGCCAAGGAUAGACAAUAAUAAUAAUAAUAAUAAUAAUAAUAAUAAUAAUACUAUAAUAUCGUACAAUUAAUUAUUGUUACAUUGUGUAAUGACUCGGCGGUAUCGUUGGCGGGUGUCUUCACAAAUGUAUAAUCUCUUCAUUUUUUUUUUUUUAUUAUUAUUAUUUUUUUAAUUAUUUGUCGUAUUUCAUUUAUAUAUUAUUGUUAGUUUUAUGUUUAGAUUCCUUUUAGUUUGCCAUGUGCAACAUGCAUUAUGGCGUUUAAGUAGUUUUAUACUUGAACAGAAUAAUAUCAUGUAAAACAGUUUUGAUUUAUUGUAGGCCAAUCGCAACAAUAUCAAUAUAGUUGUUGAAUAUCAUUUGAGAUUUUAAAACCGUAUUAUUUUAAUCAUUCAGACACAGUGUAAUAUUAUUAUACGCGCAUGUACAUAGUAUAUUCCUAUGUUUUACUCGCAAUAUAUUCGUUAAAAUUAGCAACGUGGAAAAGAACUGAUAUUAUAUCCGAAGCGACAUGAAUCAAUGUGUUAAUUAUAAAAUAUUGUAUUGCUUAAUUGAAAUUAGUUUUCAUAUUUUUCUAUAUUAUUAUAAUUUUUUUUAUUUUUUUCUGUUGGUAUAUGCAUAGUAAAAUUUAAAUUUAAACUGUUCCCCCCCGUGAGAAAUAUAUAACUGUAUACGUAUAU